AUGUCAGCCAAAGCAAUCUCAGAGCAGACUGGAAAAGAGUUCCUUUAUAAGUACAUCUGUACAACAGCAGCUGUGCAGAACCGCUUUAAGUAUGCUUGUGUGACCUACGACACAGACUGGGACCGACUAACGCAAGAGCACCCUUGGCUUUUAACAGAGGUAAAAGAGCUAGGAGUGAUUGCCUGUAUGCAACUCAAACAUAUAUAGUUGUUUUAUGUUCAUAUUAAACAAUGAGCCUGCUCUGUGUGUGUGGGGAAAAAAGUUUCUUUUCACAUGUGUAGAUCUUUCCUAACCAACUGGUUCUCUUUUAGAUGAAAUUGAGAACUAUCUCAAUUGAGUCUUUAAUGCAGGAAGCUAAAACUGUCUGGUCUUUUGUUUAGGAGCAGCCCAGAACUCCUCCAUAAUCUCCACAAUCAUUUUUUCUACAUCCGUUUUUGGCAUGUGUUUGAAGUAAAGGUCGCUCAACAGAAUAAAUUUGCCUCUUGCAACAUUGUCUUGUCUCGCUACAGAGCGGAAUAUUGAUUAAAUGUUACUGCAUCAGCACAGAAUCCAUUUGCAACAUGACCUGCAUCCAAAUCAUGAAAAAUAUUUAAAGAUAUGUGUGUUAAUCAAGUUAAUGUUUUGUUGUAGAACCCUUUAGUCUGCACACUGUGAGCUUGGUUAUGUUAAUAAGAAUAUAAGGUUGCAUACUAACCUUGAAAAAAGCUUUAGUGUAAAAUAUGUGUUUUUUGUUUUACUCCGGUUAAACCUUUAUACAGUAAUACAGGUGAAUGGCAAGUAUUUUGAAUAUUGACCUAGAAUAUGUUUGUGUAAUUGUCAGGAUAAGCAUACACCAGAUGGCUCAGUGGGUUAAUGCAUCAUCAGCAGAAUCUGUUCAACCCGGCAGGGUUGACUCAGCCCUUCCUCCUUCCGAGGUAGAUAAAAUGAGUACCAUUAAAUUGGGUAAUCGUAACAACCCCUGGAUGCUGGGCUAAGGUAACAUCCCCAGGACGUACUUGAAAACCAGAGUAAUCUGAAUGUACCUUUCCUGGUUAAAUACUUGUGUUAUUAUUAUUACCAAGUGAAAUGGAAUAUUAUUUCAAAAUAUAUAAUCACUAAUUUCUUCUAUACUGGAAAAAUUCCCCAAGAAUAAAAAAAACAACUUUAAGCACAUCUUCAUUCACCUAACUGAAUUCAAAGCUGAUGUUGCCAUCCUCACUCUUAAUUACACCCAUUUCAUUAAUCUUGAAAAGAUGAAAGUCUGAGUUAGCCUUGCAGCCCCAAUGUUUGAAAAUAUGGCUUGCUUCAGUUCUCCGUACAAUGCUCUAUUAUGCUAGAUAUAAAAAUGUUUUAAUACAGUAAUGUAAAGUAUCCCGUGCGAAAAAAAAAAUAUGCCAUCAUGUAAAUGCACAGUGCAUUGUUAAACACAAGUCAGCUAAAAAAUACUGACAUAUUUAAUUUGGCGUUUAACCUCUGCACACUCAUAUCGGUCUCCAAUGUUACCGAUCCCUACUUUAGUGAUUUUCUAUUUGAAUAUAUGGGGUGAAAAAGGUGCAUUGUUUUUUCUCUAACCCCUGUGUCAUGGUAGAGUUGCUAUGGUUAUGAAGGUUUUUUUCAGUGCAUGCACAUUUUACUUGUGAUCUGAGCAAGUUGGCCUUGGUGUUUGCAUAUUCCCGAUUUUGCUAAAUUUCAUAUUAAUUGAAAACUGCAUACUCCAUGCUUUAUAGGUUUUAAUACUGAAACGUACUUAAAUAUAGAAUAUGAAAAUAUAUAUAUAUCUAUCUAUCUAUCUCUUAUUGGUUAUAUUGAGAAUGUGCAGUCACCAAGUUUUCUUUUAUGUGAAGUAGAUUUCGUUUUUAGCCAUAUGGGGGGUAAUUUUACUGUCUAGUAUGGAACCAAGUGGUAUUUAUGUACUUUAGCAUUUACUUUUAAUCUCUGUACGAGACUAUAUCACUUUUGGCAGUUUGUAAUUGCUGAUUUCAGCCAUUUUAGAAGUUACCAGGCACUCCAAAGCUCAGCAAGGUAAACUUAUUGGAACAAAGUACAGAGCAACAUUUCCCUCCUACAAGGGGUCUUUGUCAGUCUGUAUUUGCAGCGUUUUAAUGUGGCUAUCUUAGAUGAGGGCUUCACAAAUGUCCCUGAAAUCUAGGAGUCAAGACCAGAAGUUAGAAUUCACAACAAAUGUAACUAAAUGUAAAAUAUGGGGAAAACAAUACCCUAUAGAUAUACUUACAAAAUAGAAUAAAUAAAAACUAUCAAUGGUUUUCUACCUUUUCUAAAGUUCCCUUGUUUAGUGGGGCUGUCAGUAACUGCAUCUCGACCUCUCCCUAACUAAGAAGAGACUGUUCUACUUAAGCACCUCAGACCCCUGCAUAAUAGGGAUUGCCAAGUGCGCAAUUUAACUUCUCUGUAAACUGACAGGAGCUAUAUCCCAGUAAAUUUCAAAGCUAAUAUAGCUAAAUUUAAAAAAUGCACAAUGAAUUACAAAAAAAAUCAGUUUAGUGAAUAAUCCUAACAUUUUCUCUUCUCGUAUUGUUACUUACAAUUUGCAUUUUGCAUACAUUUUAUGACUUGUACAGAGUCUUACACUAUAUUUACCUCUUACAGUCGCUUGUGGUGAAACCUGACCAGUUGAUCAAACGCCGUGGGAAACUGGGUCUUGUUGGAGUUAACCUUAACUUGGAUCAGGUGAAAAGCUGGCUAAAGCCAAGACUGGGGCAUGAGACAAUGGUGAGUACUUAUGUACUGUAAGUAAAAUUAUUUUGGUACUGGAGCACAUCUGCUAUAGAGUGCAUAUGUAUUGGUUCUAACAAUUUAGUUUAACAAAACAGUGUAUUAUGUAGAGUGUUAACAUAAUCAUGGUUAUGGUGUUUUGCCCCACACCUCAAGGCCAAAAAAAGCAAAGAGUCAAGGGAGAAGAGAGGGAGUAGACAGACUGCAGACUGAGGGGAGGACCGGGGUCAUUCAAGCAGGGGCACAGAGGGGAGCUUACAUCAGAAGCUUGGAAAGGACAGGCGCGUGCACUCAGUGGGCAGAGGGAUGCUGGCGUUGGUUGCCAAUUUUUGCACAGAAUUGAUAUUGGAUGCCAGUAACUGUUCUGGGCUUACUAAUGACUAAAAAUGACAAUGCCGAAGGUGGAGUUACACCUGGCAGAAGAUGGGUUGAGCUUCAUAUGUGCAGCAUUUCUUAUUGAAACCCUGCAUAUACAGACUCCAGCCACCAUGACCAUUUCAAAUCACUGAAUCGGUUAUAGUAUCUUAAAUAACCCUUUAAAACUAAUCCUCAUAAUGACUGUUUUAGAAUUGAAUUUGCAGUUUCAGUGUGACUGAAUAUCUAUGUCAGAAAGGAGAAAUCUGCACAGUAUUGGUAAUUUUUCAAUUAAAUGUUGAUGGCCUGGUAACUCGAAUAGGGUUUGUUAGAUCUCUGUAGUUUUAUAUAUGGUUUCUUGGAAAUCUGACUUGAGCCUAGAUUUUAAAGUAUCUGCUUAAUAAAAGGACACAACAAUGUAUGAAUGUGCUUUUCAACUUGUCAAUUAUUUGGUGCCUAUUACCAUGAGAUACUAUCUGUGCUUGUAUUGCAUAUUUUUAAAUAUUCAAAUAUAAUAAAAAUUUACUUGAGUGUGAGAAUAUAUUCAUCCCAUUAUAACAACUUUGUACUCCAAAUAAGAUGUUACCCACGUUUGGAGUGUGUUAGGGUACAUUGCUAAGCCUUAAUUAAAGCCACUAAAUUAAAAAAAAAUUAAAAAAAUCUAAUGUGUGAAGCACUGCCUAGCCCUUUUUUUAUUUUUACAAACUGUAAGUUCCUAGGCGUUUGUGCCGUGCACUUUGGAGGAUAUGGUUAAAUCUUUGAUGUUGGCUGUGAAAGUCUUGUUGAUAAAUGACCUUGUUCAGAUCUUCAGAUUUAUGUCUAAGGUUGCGCUGACAAGAUGCACAAUUAGCAGGAUGUAUUCCCAGUAUGAAUUCAUAGAGGGGGAUAACUCUCCAAACAGAUUGAUUGGCUUCCUGCUGUCAAAUGCAGGUCAGAAAGACAUGGAAAAAAACAUUUCAGCUUGGGAAAAAACACAGUGAUGUGAUUGAAAUUUCAAACCAAGGCAGCCAUUUGGAAAAAAACAAAUAGGUACAUUUUUAUCACUGUAUUCUGUUUACGUUAAAGCAUCAAUCACAAUUCAGAAUUCACAAAACAUGAGGUUUUGUUGAAAAUGGGCUUGACCUCCUUCUCCUUUCUGAGUUUGAGGUUUAGUUCCAAGACAGAAGGUAAUUUCUGUCAUUUAGAAAUCAACUGACUAAAAACACUACUUUAUAGAAUGCAGGUCAGGUUAAGGGGAUAUUGAAGAAUCUGUGGCAGGUCCACCAGCCAGGAUGUUUUGAGGUCAAAUUUAAGAAGGGAAUUUCCUGAAAGUAUAGAUCGGACAACUUUUUCUAAAGGUUCUGAGUGAUCUUCCUUAAGUAAUGCUUCAUAUUUGUAUUACUUUAUCAGAUUGCAAAAGCAAGAGGAAUUUUGAAGAACUUCUUGAUUGAACCAUUUGUCGCCCACAAGCAGGUGAGGUUUGAAUCUAAAAGGGGACCUGACAUUCAAAUAUUCAUCAAUAUUUGCUACACAUUUACAAGCUCUUUUGAAAGUGUGAUGUAGAUGGAACACUGUUAUACAUAAUUAUUAUUAAAACAAUAAUAUGGGCACCGAGGCAAAAAAAAUACAUUAAAAUAAUAAAAUAACUUAUUAAUAACUAUACUUUUGUAUGUUUGCUUCACGACAUUUCCUAGCAGGAGCUUUUUCUUCCGGCUCCUGAGAGGCAGAGAGUGGCACCGAGGAGGCCGCAGCUAGGAAGUCAACCAUUUGCUAGUGGUUAUGGUGCUUGAAGUGUUCUUUUAAAUGUAAACCUUAAAUGUUAACAUCUUUGAACACGGUUCCUUAUAAUCCAGUUAUGUUCAGUUCUAGUAGUUUGAGCAUGCUAAUGGCUUUAUUUCUGGUGUCUCACCAGGAUGAGGAGUUUUACGUCUGCAUUUAUGCAGCCAGAGAAGGAGACUAUGUGCUUUUCCACCAUGAGGGUGGUGUAGAUGUUGGCGAUGUAGAUUCAAAGGCCCAGAAAUUGCUGGUUGGUGUGGGGGAGCAUUUGACUGAAGAGGAUGUAAAGGCCCACCUACUCAUUCAUGUAACCCAAGACAAAAAAGAGUAAGUGGAAUUGGUAGUUCAAUAUUGGCCACUAUAUGUUUUUAUUGUGGUGUGCUUUGACAUUUUUACAUUUGUCUCUAUUAUAGCAAUACUUGUAAUGUGCUCAUUAUUUGUUGUCAGAUCCUAUAUUCUUGAACUAGUUAAAAUAUAUCUACAUGAGCCAAAAGGUAAAUACAUAAUAUCCUUUGUUUUAUAAUUUUCACACAAAUCAUUAAUUUACAUUUAGCAAAUUACUCUCCAUGUGACAAUUUACCUUUGUAUCUCUAAUCGAAAAUAGUUGGUAUUUGUUCCAGCUCAGUUGUUGGUGAAUAAGGAUUUUUACCCUUAAGACCUACAAAUUAAACAAAAUUAGUUUAAAAAAUAAAAAUAAAAAUGAAAUGUUGAAAAUCCUGUAUUCUGUAAGUUUAUUGUAGAAUUAUUUUAGUCAAAGAAAUAUAUAACAAGUGGACACCGCAAUAUUUUGAGACUAGAGCACCUUUGUUGGGCCUGACAAAGCUUGGCAAAGGAAUGUUGGAUGUUCAUUUGACUGAAAUUGUUAAGCAAUGGCAACUUAUUUCUCAUAAAGCAUAGUGUGAAAACUUGACACUAUAUUGGCACUAUAGUCACCAAAACAACUUUAGCAUAAUGAAGUAGUUUUUGUGUAUAAAUCAUGCCUCUGACGUUUCACUGCUCAAUUCACUGGCAUUUAGGAGUUAAAUCACGUUUGUUUCUGAUUUUGUAACUCACAUUCUGCAUGAAAAAAGCAGUCUAGCAAGCUAUUAACAGCGCAGGAGAUAAAAAAUUGAGUUUUGGAAAAAUGGUGCCUUAGAAGGGAUAUAUGCAAAUAUAUAUUCGGGGUCAAUACAAACUAUUGUCUGAUAAUCUAUUCAUAAAUGGGACUAUACAUGGGACACAAUGUCACGCAUUUAGACUGGAAGAAAUUAGUUUUAGUCUAAAGCAAAAGAAAUAUUUUAUUUUUAUUUAUUUUUUUAACACACAAUAAGGAUGUGCAAAUUUCUGCCUGAAGAGGUGUUUUUUUCGGAGUCUGUACAGAUGUUUAAACCACAAUUGGAUAAAUACUUGCAAAAACAUAAUAUAUAGGCACAUUAUGUUUAAUUAGUGGGGUAAUAGCUACAUGAUCCAAGGAGAAAUCUGACUGCUAUUCUGGGGUCAAGAAAGAUUUAUUUCUUAGUUUGUUGCAAAAUUGGAAAAGCUUUUGAAUGGGUUUUUUUGCAUUCUUUUGGAUCAAUGGCAAAAACCGCUAUGAGAGAGGCUGAACUUCAUGGACGCAUGUCUCUUUUCAGAUAUGUGACUAUGUAAUAAAUAUACAGCAACUAUGUACUAUGUAAUCAAUUCUAAACAGAAUUUACAAUAAAGAAAUUGUAAACAUUAGCUGAAUCUAUACAGGAAGUGUUUAGGAAUGCUGUGUAUAUGGCAUGUAGGAGGCUGUGUCUAGGGAUGCAUAAACAAAGUGAUUUAACUCCUACAUGGAAGACUGCAGGGGCAUGAUCUAUACUGCAAAACUGCUUCAUUAAGCUAAAGUUGAUUUGGUGACUACAGUUUCCCUUUAACCUUUGUUGCUAUUGUCAAACCUACUGGACAUGCUACAAAAUAAAGCCAUAAAUGCAUUUUGUUCAUGAAGGUUUUAUAUCCUGGAGCAGAAUUCUUAUGUGGUCUGAGCUUGGGACUCAUGACAAAAUGUAGAAAAUAUGUUCUGUUUAAUAAAGGCAAUCUUGUAUAGUUUACCUUCACAUUACUUUUUAUAGUAUGAUUCUUUGCUUUAUGUAACUGAUGGAUUAUUUUGCCUGCAGAAAGAACUCCAUCUGUAUUACAGUUAAUAUUUGUGUAGCUUUUCUUGUCGUGCAGCUAUGUAUAGCCUUACUUUAUCUAAAAAAAAAAAAAUUCUUUGUAUUGAAAUAAAUGAAAUUUGGUAUUUUGUUUUAAACUCCGAUAAAGAGAAGUCAGUUGUGUGUGUUAAGUUUUACAUAUCUUCAUUUAUCUCCUUUUACCAAACUGAACAAUUGAAAUUUAGUUUUCCUAUUCUGCUUCUUUUAUAUUUUGCUUCAAUGAUACUUAACUGACCCAUCGUUGAUUAUUUUAGUAUAAAGCAGUCGCUCAAGUGAAUCAAAUGUUUCUCUGCCAUCUUUAUUACUCUUGUUAUAUGGUAAAUUGGGGAGUGUUCACUCCAGCUACUUUAGAACUGCAAAUGUUAUUGAUCACUGGUUGCCCGAGAUGUUGCAGUUGGGCACCCCUGAUAUAAAUAUGUAUUAUAUUCCCUGCAGGGUCCUUGCAAGCUUUAUAACUGGUCUUUUUAACCUAUAUGACAACCUGUUCUUUACUUACCUCGAGAUCAACCCAUUAGGUAAGACUUAUUUAUAUGACAUCCUUGGUCUGGAUGUGUAUUUUGAAACUCUGAAUAUUCAUGGAUAUAAGUUAAAAUACGGAACAACAGCUUGUUGAUCCAAGUUAAUAUCUUUUUACCAUUGUAAGAAAUGAUGACUCCCAUACAAGGUUAAGUCUUUAGGGAAUGUGGACAAAGCACACAGACAAGUGAAUGUGAAAAUAACAUAUGUAUUGGUUGUUAAAUCAGGCUACUGUUACAGUUUUGUAAUAAGUAUAAGCAUAAAUACAUUGUAUUAAGUCAUCAGCCAUGAACACAAUGUAAUGGAAUACAUUAAGAUUUUUAUUCGGUAUAUUUAUGUAUGGCUUAGUUCACUUUGUCUUCCAUGCUGGCUACACUGUAGGUCAUAUGAAAAGGGGCGGAACUACAUUUUCUAGUAGGUUUUACCUUAAAGAUGGUUUGGGACUAGUGAUGUCCCGAACGGUUCGCCGCGGACUCAUCAUUGAGUAAACUUUGACCCUGUACUUCACAGUCAGCAGACACAUUCCAGCCAAUCAGCAGCAGACCCUCCCACCUCACUAAGAAUGCAGCUUCACAAUGAAUGUAAAAUGGAUACUGUCCAGGAGGUGGGAAGGUUUGGGAGGGAGGGUCUGCUGCUGAGUGGCUGGAAUGUGUCUGCUGACUGUGAGGUACAGGGUCAAAGUUUACUCAAUGAUGAGUCCGCGGCGAACCGUUCAGGACAUCACUAUUUGGGACAACCUAUACCCUAGUACUUACAACCUCUAGCCCAGUUGUACAAGUCUUGUAGCAUCAGGUUAAACUGACCAUUUUUGCAACCCCCCACCCUCUCCCCCCCCUAGAGAAACAGAAAAUCUCAACACUUUACAACCCCUAUUGUCCUUAUCCAAGUUGCUUUUUACCUGUGCCCAGUUCUUUCAUAUGUAAUUAGGUUAACUCCCUGUAGCAUUUGGAUGGUCACAACUGUUUGAAGUAUGUAAAUGACCUUACACUGCAAAAACUAGAUCUAUUCAUGGUCAGUAGUGUGUGUGUGUGUGUGUGUGUGUGUGUGUGUGUGUGUAAUAUAUAUAUGUAUGUAUAUAUAUGUAUGUAUGUGUGUGUAUAUAUAUGUAUAUAUGUGUAUAUAUAUAUAUAUAUAUAUAUAUAUAUAUAUAUAUAUAUAUAUAUAUUAUGUGUGUAUAUAUAUUUCCUGGCCAUAUCCAUGGCAGCACAACAAUGGGUAGCUCCUCCCUGUCCCUAACCAGACAGGAACCUAAUUAAAACAGAAGGUAUAAGUAACCCCUCCUACCCCUCCCACCCUCAGUCUUUCUGUUGCUGUCUUAUCCCUAGGACAGACUUAGUCAUUCUAAGACUAGAGAAUUUUUUCUUUUUUGCUUACCUGAGGGUUGUUACCUUCUCCCUCAAGGGAGUUCAGACUCUCUCCCUUGGGCAGUCUCCAGUACACGGCCCUGUGCAAAGGUGACCCCCUAGAGAGACCCCUUUAGUGACCGGGGGUUCUAACUUGCUGUGACCCUAGGGGUAGCAAGAUCAUGCCAUCACCAUGAUUCCUGCAGUGACCAAGGGAUAGCAGGCUGGGCAUGCAUAUACAGAGCAUAUAGAUUUACUAGCGGUGACCCUAGGGGUAGCAAGAUUAUGCCAUCAUCCUGCCUCCUGCAGUGACCAAGAGGUAGCAGGCCGGACAUGCACAUACAGAGCACAUGGAUUGCAAGGAUUAAUAUGAGGAGUUAAUAUGAGACAGACUAGCAUUCCAUCGCUGAAAGGGUUAAAGUACAACUCACUAUCUUGUACUUUCCCAUGGAUUUACUUGCUGUGAACCUAGGGGUAGCAAGAUUAUGCCAUCAGCCUAUUUCCUGCAGUGACCAAGGAGUAGCAGGCUGGGCAGGCACAUACAGAGCAAAUAUAUGGAUAUAACCCCUUCUAUCCUUCAUCGGUUUCAUCUAAGCGGUAAGAGAUUCCUGCUAAUCUUUCCUAGGCUUCGGUGUCUUAUUCCUAGGCCUCUGUGUCUUUUAAUAUAUCCACUGGGUUACUUAUUCCUAGGCCUCUGCUGGGCCUUUUCAUAUAGCAGCUGGAUUAAUUUAUUCCUAGGCCACUGGCCUUUUAUUAUAGCCACUGGAGUCACAUUCCUAGGCUUCUGUAUCUUUUAAUAUAGCCAGUGGAGUCACUUAUUCUUAGGCCUCUGCUGGGACUUUUAAAAAAGACACAGAGGCCUAAUUUAUUCCUAGGCCUUUGUGUCUUUUAACAUAGCCACUGGAUUACUUAUCCCUAGGCCUCUGUUGGGCCUUUUAACUGGAGUCACUUAUUCAUAGGCUCCUGUGUCUUACUUCUAAGCCUCUGUAUCUUUUAAUAUAGCCACUGGAGUCACUUUUUCCUAGGCUUCUGUGUCUUAUUCCUAGGCCUUAUGGCUUUUAAUAUAGCCACUGGAGUCACUUUUUCCUAGGCAUUUGUUAUGCCUUUUAAUAUAGCAGUUAGCUUUUUCCUAGGCCUCUGUUGGGCUUUUUAUUAUAACCGCUGGAUUCACUUAUUCUGAGGCCUCUGUUAAAUCUUUUAUUGCAGUGUAGUGAGAUAGCUCAGUGGGCUAAUACUUCAUCAGCAGAAUCUGUCACUUGGGGCUCACCGGUUCAAUUCCCUGCAGGGCUGACUCAGUCCUUAAUGUAAAUAAAAUGUAUGUCAUUAAAUUGGGUAAAAGUAACAUCCCUAUGAUAUACUUAGAAACCAGAAAAUAUUUCAAUGUCUCUUACCUGGUUCAAGACUUUGCAAUAAUUGUUUCUAGUGCCUUUUAAUACAGUUGCUGGGUUCACUUAUUUUAUGUGCUUUUUAAUUUCAUUAUUAUAUGCCUCUAUGUUGGUUUUAUGUAUUCACUAAAUUUAUUAUCCUAUUUCUAUGUGUCUGUACUUGGUAAUAGGCUAUUCGCUGUUCUGUUCCUCUAUCUCAGCCUUUCGACUUAUGUUUUAUUAUAAGUCCCUAAAUGAUUGUUUGUGAGGCAUAUCAUAAGAGAUCCUUGUAAAAGUAAAGUCUCUGCACAAACUGUCUGAAAGUGGCUACAGGCCCAUCUACUCAUGCCCCGUGUAUUACGCAAUAUUAACCUUCCCGGUCCCCUUUAAGAUCCUUAAUGGAGGAAUGGUUCUACACUGAGAGAGGUUUUCAACACAAGGGAGUAUCUCAGUCUUCAUCCAUUGGAAUUUCAGACACUAGUACCUGGGACUCUGCUCCUAAGUAGUAGAUGCAGUCCUUAGACUUGCUAAAUGUUCUUCUCUGCCUGUAAACAAUGCGGGAUCUCUCUGAAACUCCAUGGAGUAUACAUGGUCCUGCUCCUCUCUAAAGCCUAUGUGGCAGCUGGCACAGGCUUUCAUCCUGCUGUAAGGUUUUACCUCAAUCUCUAAGGAUCUAAGAUUUGUAUGGAUAAAUUGGAGGAGAAUAUCAGAGAUAAAUUUCCUUUGUCUCUUGACAAUUUACAAGUCAUUAAUCCGGGAAUAGUCUUCAGCUAAGAAGUCUAUGUAGGUUGCAUCAUAUUCCAUCCAGAAAUAUGACUUUCUUUGUGUCUAUUAGCUGGGCUCUUUGGCUUAGUUCCUGGUCCACAGAUGCAUCCUCCUAUAUUAAUGGAUCAAGUGAACAGCAGAGGGCAGGAAAGCUUGUCUACUUCAAGACCUAAGGUUCAGGAGACCCUUUCGAUCCAAAGAUUCUCAUUAACUUUCUUCUCAGACCAAGGUAUUUCACACCAGGAAGAGUGUGGUAGAUCUCAACCUUGAUGUAAGUGGUCGUUAUUCUAUCAGAAGAAAAGAAAAGGUAAAAAGAGAUGCUUUGUAAAUCGCAUGGCUUCCCUUCAAUUAGAGGAAGCUAUUGUGAGAAUUUUUUUAAAAAGCAACUAGAACACAAAGAAUCUGCUUCUAACAGGUGUUGGAGAUCCAUUCUAAUUUACAGGAUUCUUGAACAUUCUUAUUUAUAAAGGUAGUAUUCCUAGUACAUUGGAUGAGUUCUAUAGAAUUGCAGGAUGCUUAUUGCCAUGUAUCCUUUGCCUCACAUCACUUUUAUUUUUACAUCUUCAUUGGGAAAGAUGAAUGUCUGCUAUAAUCACCUUGCUCCCUCCCAGUUCAAGGUAUAGCUGGGAAUACAGUUUGACAUGGUCCAAGGCACAGUACAGCUCUUUUCAGACUAGCAUAUUACCCCAACAGAGAGAGUUUUGAUCCAGGUCCUCCACCAUAGAUCUGAUAGGAUGUCACAAGGGCGGAGGUUAACUUACCUAUGGAAAUCCUUUUGGACAGUGAUAACCAUGAAUACCAUCCACUGGGGUUGAGGAAUUUUUCUCCAAAUUCAAAUAUGUUCAGGAAAGGGACUCCCUUAACAUCCAACAUUUCUCUUCUGCAUAGGUUGCAAGAGCCAAAUCAAUCAUCCUGACAGUUCCAUAUUAAUACCCAGUCUAUGGUUUCCACUUCUACUUAUCUUCUUCAGUACCUCCAAGGUAGUUCUUCCCUCUUCCAUCAGGUCCAGUGCUACUUUCCUCAUUCUGAAGGUUUCGAUAAGGGCUUAAAUAUAAAAGUUUUUGAACUAAAGUAAUUAAUACCCUUCUGAGGGCCAUGGGAAAACUUAUGUCCUUGGCUACCUUUACAGAGUUGAAAUGCCUUUUUUUUCCUGGUCUAUUUCUAAUUAGGUUUUCAUUCAAAUUCAUUCUUCCAAGAAGGUUCUAAGUUCUUCAAUCCAGGACUUAUCUAGGAAUUACCUCAGAGAUAUGUCUCAGCACUCUCUGAUCUCUCUUUUCGUGAAAGGGCUUUAAUAUGGAAGUAUCUAUGGGUAUCUCUGCUCUCGGUGGAAUUCUUCCCUGUUUUUUUUUUUUUUUUGGCUCUGAAAUCUUCACCCCUUUUAACCAUGAUAGUAUAUCUCUCAACAAUUGCUUAACAUUAAGCUCUAUUGACAUUUGGCAUGGACUGAAGGAUAUUAGAUCCUCAAGCACUAUUUUGCAUAGUAUGUAGAGUCCAUAAUAAAACUUUCUCCUCCUGUCCUAGAUAGAUGCCUUAAGUUCUAUUUUUAUAGAUCCGCUUUCUGGAUUUCUUAUGUUUAUCUUUACUAAUAGACCAUAAAGAUCUUCAAGCCUCUAUAUAAGCCAUCAACAGAUGGAUAGUCUUGACUGUUUUUUAGGCUACUAAGUCCUAGGGAUUACAGUACUUUAAGCUAUGUUUGCUCUAGAGCCAUUUCUCCCUCUUGAGCAUCGGUGGCCAAGCUUCCCUGGAACUUAUAGGUAAAUGGCUGCUUGAUCCUCAAUCAGUUUUCAGACUUUUUUUUUUUUGGUACAUUUGAGUUGGUCAAUUUGAUAAUGUGCCAUUAGUGGGCAAUCUGUUUUUCAUGUCCUUAUGAGGUGUGUGUGUGUUGUCAAUUUGCAUUCAUAUUUUGGAAGUCUUGUGUACUUCUUUCCCUCCCUUGGUUAUUGCUUGGGUAUUACCCAUUGUUGUGCUGCCAUGGAAAUGGCCAGGAAAAAGGAAAAUGUAUUCCUCCUUACCGUAAUUUUCUUUUCCUGGUCAUAGGCCAUGGCAGCACAAAGAUCCUGCCCUGGGAUAUUGCUGGAAACAAGACUGAGGGUGGAAGUGGUAGGAGGGGUUACUUAUACCUUCUGUUUUAAUUAGGUUCCUGUCUGGUUAGGGAUAGGGUGGAGCUACCCAUUGUUGUGCUGCCAUGGCCUAUGACCAGGAAAAGAAAAUUAUGGUAAGUAGGAAUACAUAAGUAUAAGCCGACUUUUUCAGCACAUUUAUACUUGAGUGAGCAGGGCUGGCGCUUUCUAUAAGGCGAACUAGGCAGCCGCGGGGGCGCCCUGCACCCCCAUCGUCGGCCCUUCUAAUGCUGUAGCCGCCUGAGUGCUCUAUAGAGAGCCUCAGGCGGCUGCAGCACUGACUCUCUCGUCACCUCCUCUUCCCUGUAGCGUGGCCGAGCUCCUCUCCGGUCUGCGGUACAGGAACCAGAGAAGAGCUCGGCCACGCUACAGGGAAGGGGUGGGAGGAGAACAAACAAAGGGGGGGGGUGUGAGGAAAAUGACAUAAAGACAGAUAAAGAAUACCUGGUAACAUUAACAUUUUCAAAACCGUUAAACAACCCAGCCAAGACACUGCCAUUAACCCCUUAAGGACACAUGACAUGUGUGACAUGUCAUGAUUCCCUUUUAUUCCAUAAGUUUGGUCCUUAAGGGGUUAAUGACCACAACAUAAAUGUAUUAUGCAUUUUUUAUAAUAAUUUUAAAUGGAUUGCUUUAAGUAAAGAAUGUGUAUUUUUGGUAAGUUGAACACCUAAAUGGGUGAUAUUGUCUCAUUUCCGAAGUGAUUAUAUUUCGUUUAAUGUAACAAUAAUUUCUUCAUAAGGGAUAUUUGGUAAAGCUUGUGUUUUACUUUUGUUAUUUCUAUAAGAUGCCUGUCCAAAAAGUGUUAAAGAAGGUAUAAGAGAUGGGAAAGAUGAAGAUGGAUUUUCAUAAAUAAGAAAAUGUUGUUAUGGUUCUUGCCCAGUACGGCACUGAUGCCUCAAUUAAUGUAAUUUUAUUGGUAUCUAUUUUUAUUUUUGAAUUAUACCAGUAGCUGCUGCGUUUCCCACCCUAGACUUAUACUCGAGUCAAUACAUUUUCCCAGUUUUUUUGUGGUAAAAUUCGGGGCCUCGGCUUAUAUUCGACCCGAAUAUAUAUAUAUAUAUAUAUAUAUAUAUAUAUAUAUAUAUAUAUAUUCCAAAAUAGAAAUGGCUGCUCUCCGGUCUUUAAAAAUAAAAGAUUUAUUGAAUAAAGUUUAAAAUAAUGACCAACGUUUCAGUCCCUGUUCGGGACUUUCUUCAGGGUCCAAAAAUAACGAGAGAACCAUUUUUUGACCCUGAAGAAAGUCCCGAACGGGGACUGAAACGUUGGUCGUUAUUUUAAACUUUAUUCAAUAAAUCUCUUAUUUUACCGGAGAGCAGUCAUUUCUAUUUUGGAAUUGUUAUGUGGAGCCCUGGUACAUGCGCCCGGCAGUGAAGUGGUUAAAGCGUGAGUGCAGGGGAUUUUUGUUAUUACUAUAUUAUAUUAUAACUAUAUAAUUACCAUAUUAAAGGAAUACUAAAGAGUCAGGAACACAAACCUGUAUUCCUAUAUUGUUAAAAACAAAACAAAAAAAAAAAACAUGUAAGACUCCUUACCCCCUUUAAAUAACUAGAAAACCCACCUUCUUUCCAGUGCCGUGCUGGUUCCGCCCCCAAUCUGUCUCCUUGGCUGACCUCAACAGAAUUGAUGAUCUCAGCCAAUCACAAUGCUUUCCCAUUGGAAAGCUUUUGAUUUGCUGAGGUUUUCAUUUCUGACUAUCUCAACCAAGGAGACGGGUUGAGGGCGGAGCCAAACACCCCUUGGCCAAUUAGCAUCUCCCCAUAUGCAUCUCUGAGGAAAGUUCUGUGUUUCCAUGACCCAGGAAGGAGGCACCUCUAGUUGCUGUCUGAGGAGUGGCCACUAAAGGUGUUCCUAGGCUCUAAUGUAGACACUGCCCUUUUCUCUGAAAGGUCUCCAGGGACAGGCUAAAUACACUACUAUAAGCUGUAGUUGUUCUGAUGACUAUAGCGUCCCUUUAAUAUACAGAUCGCAAAUCCACUUAAAAUAUUUUUAAGAGAUUGCAAAUGGAGACUUCUUGAAUCAUAGUUGAGUUAACAAUUAGUUAAUUAUGUUAUGGGAGAUGAUUGGAAAUUACUUCAGAUGACUUCAGAUUGUUUGUUUUUUGUUCUUGUGUCAGCAGCAGAAACGUGUGCAAGGCUGAAUCAGAUGGAUUUGAAUCUUCUGUCAACCUAUAUUUCUAAGUAACUGUGAGGAUAGUCUUUUCUUUCUCAAGGCAGUCUGUUAUAAGUCAUCAUAACUGUUGGGGAGAAUGCACUAUGAUACAAGGUAGAAAAGUAGGGAAAAGUGUGUGUGUGUGUGUGUGUAUGUAUGUAUAUUAAAAUAUGGAGGUAGGCAUUCUUUUUUUGUUUCAUUUUUAUGCCUUUCCUGCUGGCAGCAUGUGCAGUUAGUCUGUGAGUUUAUAUGUAAAAAGCAGGCAAUCAGAAGUCUAAUUUGGUUGUUUCAAUUUGUGGUCAUUCUAAACAGUGCGAGAGCUCAAAAGACAAUACUGAGCAGUAUAUCAGAAUUGCAUGUUAAUCUCCCGGCAUGGUGGCAUCUACUUUGCAUCUUUCCAAAGUAUAUAAAUGCGUGAUGAUAUCUAGAAUCCAAAAUGUGCAUAUACAGUGAAUGACUGACUGUAGAAGAAGCAAAAUAACCCCUUAUUCUGAUUUUUCUAUUUAGAUUAUCCUAGAAAAGGGCUUAUGAUAAUUUAGUGUGCAAUUCUCUCUUUUAUUAUUUAAUGAUUUGCGUAGCACUGAUUGUGCAUUUUUCUCCUCCAUCUCUCUUGCACAUCUUCCACCCAUCUCACAAUUCUUUUGUUUUUUUAAGUUGUGACAAAGGAUGGAGUGUACGUUUUGGAUAUGGCAGCCAAGAUUGAUGCCACUGCUGACUACGUUUGCAAAGCCAAAUGGGGCGAUGUGGAAUUUCCACCUCCCUUUGGGAGAGAAGCUUAUCCUGAGGUAAGGUUGCACAUUGAUCAUGAAUGGUUGUAUGUUUAUUUGUUACAGCCUGUUUUAAUGGUCGUGGUGCCAUGAGUCUCCUGGAAUAGUCACCCAGUAAGUGGUAAAACCAUUAGUGAACAUAUUGACCCCUAAUGAGAUCCCUCUGAUGUCUGCAUUUUACUUUAGCCACAUCAUGAAGACAAAAGUUCUCAUUCUGCAUUAGCCAUGUCAUGUGCAACUUUUUAGGUUAUUCAUUGGCUAAAUAUGUCAGGUGCUUUUCAGCCAUUGCAUCAUCUGAAAAGUUACACAAAACUGACAUUGGUGAAGUGGAUUGAGAAUUUCUUCUUGAGUCAUCGAGUAAAGACUGAGGCAUCAUUGGCCUCUUGAGUGGUCCCAGACAGGUGAAGGCAGGGGUGAAGGCACCAGGAGAAUUAAACUAUGGCUCUCAAUCUCUAGCUCUACAGAAUUAUUGAAGCAUUCAUCUGUGUACUUUUCAUGAAAAGAUGGUGUUAUCCAUUAUAUUGCAUUAACCAAAAUGAGAAAUGGCACCACCACGUUGGCAUUGCUCUUUUUAAAGUUUUCUGAUCAAACCAUUUUUGAGCAGCUUACCUCUGGCUCCUCCAGCUGGUCCCCUGCUCACUGGAAAUGUUUGUCCUGUGAUUGGUUCAAUCAGAGAAUGGCUGUAAAAUAUGGAUGAAAUGUAUAUUACCAGUGUGAAAGUUUAUUUUUGUGUAUUGCACCCAUUCAUCCACAUACAAAUGUUGCUGGCAGUAAUCAAAAUUUGCAUAAGUAUUGCACAAACUAAGCACUGCUUAGACAAUUUGUUAUAAAUAAAUAAAAAUAUCAUGUAUCAAAAGGAACAAGUCAGAAAAAAAAAACCAUGUAUACACCGGAUGAAUGGUAUUAGUGAAUGAUGCCUUCAUUUGUAGUCUGACAGAUACACCAAUAUAAUUUGACACUAAUCCUCUUUCAUUGAGGAAGCAUCAAACAUGAGUUAUGUUUUAUAUUUUACAUUUUUACUGCGCAUGGUAGAAUAAAUGUUCUAACUACAUAAUGCUUGUCUCGUAAUCUCCAAGUUUUGAUGAUGGUAGAUCUUCUACAAAAGACAGUGAAGCUUUAAAGAAACUCUUAACUAUUCAACAUUACAUAUAUGGCCUGCAAAUGGCAUGUGUCUCUUUCUAAUUGAAUCCAAUUGUAUAAAGCAAUAUAAUGGACCUUGACCAAUCUAUGCAGACCACCUAUGAUCCAUUUCUAAUGAUCCUUUAUUUCUAAAUGGAAAUUAUUGCAGUUAGUUUGCAGUAACGUGUCCUAACCCUUCCCCUAAUGUGAAUUAAUUUAUUUAAAAUAUUUUGCUUUUAAUAGAUACCUAAUCUACUGCAGUCAUUACAUUAAGAGCUCAUGAGUUCUGUACAGAUGCCAGAUGCCUUUGUAUACUGCAUCUUGCUCGUCCAUAAUUCAAUUUCUUAGUUUAUAUAAAUGACUCUGGCAGCAUAGACAUUUCUGCACCAUUCAAUGUCCUUUUCAAGGUGAACUUGGAAUGCUGAAAAAUAUCCUUUUAUCUUUAUGAACAGAAUUAAUACAAAUGCUUCUAGCUGGCAAUGUUAAUUUUGUGUUUCAAAUAAAUCAGAAAUAAAAUCUUUCCUUCUUCCCUGUGUAAUUUGUUAGCUUGAUAUGAUUUAUCAAGGAAAUCUAUUUUCUGUACAGCAUUAUUGAUGUUGCGAUGUUUAUCCUUUUUUUUUAAUUUCUGUUGUUUGUAUGUGUUUUAACUCUUUCCUCACUGCAACACUUGACUUCCUGCAAUAAUUUCAAAUAUGGGGAGUUUUUGGUUUGGAAAUAUGCAGAAUAAAAAAUAUGCAGAAUAAAAAAUAUAUCCAGAACGAAAAAGACCUUCAAAUACACAUCUCUGUAUAAUUCUGCUGUUGCUUGCUUAUUGUGGUAAUACCUUUUUUGUAAAUUAAGUUAAUUUAGAGUCCAUUUGUGGCCAAGAAAAAAAUAUAUAAAUUACAAAUUAAAAAAGUGGCAAUUGUGUAAAUUUAUAGCACUUUGCACAAAUAGUAUAUGUAAUAAACAUUUUGUACAUUAUACAGUAUUCUGUCUGCUACAAUUGGUAUAUGUUAGGAAAGUGGUGGCACUUUUGAUAAUCCAGCUUUCCAAAAAUGAUACCACAUUAUAAAAAUAUCUCUCUAACUGCCGCAUAUAGAAUGCAUAGUUCCCUACAGAGCAGCUGUACAGUGUGCCUAGAGGCAUAUCUCUGCUAUCUAGAAUGCAAUCACUGUACUUGAGACAUAAAGUUUUCAGUUCAGUGACUGAGGGUGGAAUGUUUCUAACUAUUGUGGUAGAUAAUCUUACUUGACACUGUAAAUGUUACACUGAUUAUUCUUUCUCUUUUGCCUGCAGGAAGCCUAUAUCGCAGACCUGGAUGCAAAGAGUGGAGCCAGUUUGAAACUUACAAUUUUAAACCCACGAGGCAGAAUAUGGACCAUGGUGGCAGGAGGAGGAGCCUCUGUUGUGUACAGGUACAGAGAAUGGUGUAUACUGGCAAAUGGAUCUGCUGUUUUGGCUGGAGGAUCAUCAGCAUAUAAUUUACCUCCCUUGUAUUAAUAAUGUUUUUUUUAUAGUACUCUUUUGAACAGUGCAUGUAGAAAUGGUUGACUGCCUUUGCAUAAAUUCUUUCAAAUCUUCAUAUAUUAACAGACUCCGUACACGGAAUCUAGUGCUUGCAUUGUAUUGCUUUACCGCAAUGAUUACCGUAAUUUUCUGUGGUUUUAUAGACUGAGCAGUCAUUUUUUGGAAUGGUUUAUUUGAAAUUCUGUGUCUGUAUUUCUUAUUAGUGACACAAUUUGUGAUCUUGGUGGAGUUGAUGAGUUGGCCAAUUAUGGAGAAUACUCAGGGGCUCCCAGUGAACAGCAGACAUAUGACUACGCAAAGACUAUCCUGUCUCUCAUGACCAGAGAAAAGCAUCCAGAUGGUGAGCUAUCAUAUGCUUACAUUUACAACUGGGUUGUCCAGGAAGUUGAUCUGAUACUUUGCUAUCCUACUGUUGACAGUUGUUGAUAAAGAGUCAAAAUAGGGGAGAAAGCAAUCGCUAAGGAAUUUAGCAGCAAACAAUUAAAAAUGGGGGGUGAGGGGGCAGGGGGGGGGGAGAAGAGAUUUUAUAUAUAAAAUAUCUCUCCCAGUGCAUAAACAAAGUCAAGUUAAAGUGUGAGGGCAAAAAAAAACAAUAACUGAAAGAUAUAUAACACAAUUCUAAGGGGUGAACCUUUUUACUCAACAGAAGACAUGCUUAUAUAUAGAGUAAUUCACUGAAUAUGAAUUGUCAGAAAGUCAAAAUGGAUUUCAAAUUUUAGGCCUACACACCGAAUUAAAACAUAGCUGAGUAGAUUUUUCAGUUCAACGAAUUUGGACUAAAAUGUGAAAUUAAUUCUGAAUUCCUUGCAGUUCACACCUUGAACACCCUGAUAGUGUACCUUACUGCGUUGUGCCAUGAUCCAGUCUGUGCUUCUGUUUACAUGCUUUGUUUUCCUUCAGGUAAAAUCCUAAUCAUUGGUGGUAGUAUUGCCAACUUCACAAAUGUGGCUGCAACAUUUAAGGUAAGCAUUAAGCAUAACUUGGUAAUGAUAAAGUGCAACAUCUAAAAUCAGGGUUAACCCGUAUUUUUAUUUUUUAUUUUUUUAUAUCUUAGGGAAUAGUGAGGGCUAUUAAGGACAACCAGGGACCUCUGAAGGAACAUGAAGUGACUAUAUUUGUAAGGAGAGGAGGACCAAACUAUCAGGAGGGACUGCGUGUAAUGGGUGAAGUGGGUAAGUAUAGAACCUGUUUAGAAGGUCUGUCUUUAUAAUGACUUUUAAUGAAACCAAACCAUUAGAGAGUUAUUUAAAGUGGCCAAUGUAAAAUGCAUUAUGUUACUCAUUAACUUACAGAUUUCUUUGUAAUGGUAGAAAUUUAAUUUUUUUUUAAUAUUCAGAUAGAGCCCAUCAAAUCUAUAUUGCACACAUGCCAGAUGAUGAUUUUCUAUUUUGUAUUUGUCAGCCUUUUGCAGUACUUAAUCAAAUCGUGCCAAAACCUAGUUAAAGCUGAAAGUUACAAGUAAUUUGUAAGAGAACUCCAAUUGUCCUUCCAUUGAGUGCAUUGUCCAGUUUUCUUUAACUAGAAAAAUUACCUUCAGCAAUUCUGUGCCCUCUUCGGGCCAUGCAGAUGUGGCAAACUAUUAGUGUUCUAGUGUUUUUUUAGGAUUUGGUCUGUCUUAUAGCGGUUUUGUUUCUUUGGAGGUAUUUGCAUGUCUUACAAAGGACCUUCCAAGGUGACAGGACCACUUGAUGGGAGAGAACCGUAAGGGAGAUAUACUUACCUGAAACACCCACUUGUGAAUGCUAACCUCUUCCUUUUUAGCUUUUAUCCUUUGCUCCUGGUGCUUCAUUCUGCAGGUGCCCUUGUCACUCUUGUACUUUUGUGUAUGGACAAGUGUACAAAACAGGUUUAUAGAAUGAAAAUCCAAUGAAAUUACUAAGUAGUGUUUGAGUAUUUCAUAAAGAUAUAGUCUGACAUGACAGGUAAAUUGUGAAUUGCAUAAACUUAUAAUUAUUUUUUCACCUAAAAUAGGCUGUACUUGCAUUUCAAAAUAAAUGUAUCGUAGAAAUGUAUAUUUAUAUUUUUAAAGGAGCACUAUAGGGUCAGGAACACAAAUAUGUAUUCCUGACCCUAUAGUGUUAAAACCACCAUCUAGCCCCCCUUGUCCCCUCUUGCCUCCCUAAAUAUAGUAAAAUCUUACUUGUAUUCAAGUCUGCAGCUCCAAGCUCUGCCCCUGUUUGCCUGUGAGCUGCCCAUAUCUGCUGACAUCAUAAGAAGUGGUGCUCUGAGCCAAUCACAGUGCUUCCUCAUAGGAAUGGCUGAGACUUUCAAGGAGACAGAUAAGGGGCAGAGCCAGCACAAGUCAAACACAGCCCUGGCCAAUCAGCAUCUCCUCAUACAGAUGAAUUGAAACAAUGCAUCUCUAUGAGGAAAGUUCAGUGUCUACAUGCAGAGGGUGGAGACACUGAAUGGCAGUGCUGCUUACUCCGCAGCACUGCCCAAGGAAGCGCAUAUAGCAGCCAUCUAAGAAGUGACCAGUGGAGUUCUCACUUGGCUGUAAUGUAAACACUGCAUUUUCUCUAAAAAGACAGUAUUUACAUCAAAAAGCCUGAAGGGAAUGAUUCUACUCACCAGAGCAAAUACAAUAAGCUGUACUUGUUCUGGUGACUAUUUUGUCCCUUUAACUUACUUUUACAUAUUUUUUUUUGUGUGUGCAUUUCAUUUACACCACUUGUGUAUUACACUUUUGAUUUAUAUUAUCAAUGUUAACAAACUUUGUAUGUCUGUCCUAUCUGUUUUUCUUUUAAAUCUAUAGUAAUUUUACAUAUCGUGUUAAAAUUAAAACUAGUAGACACAAGGCUUUGAUGGGUCCAAAUAAGCUCUUGGGUUGGUGUAAAAAAUACACUGUUAAUCUCAACUUCUCUUGUCUAUUAAAGGUAAAACCACUGGAAUCCCCAUUCAUGUUUUUGGCACAGAAACCCAUAUGACCGCUAUUGUGGGCAUGGCCCUUGGGCACCGACCAAUACCCAACCAGCCACCCACAGCAGCACACACUGCCAACUUUCUGCUGAAUGCCAGCGGCAGUUCUUCUGUAAGUCUUUUUGUGGUCAUCAAUUGAUGCAAACGUUAGAGGUUUUGAAAAGUUGGUUUAGAAUAUGCUGAAAAAGAAGGGGGGGAAAUCCUCAGCAUGAAGAACAGUUACAUGCAACCUAUUUUAAAUGCAUAUAGCAAGUUUUUUGCAGAAUAAACACAUAAUUUCUUUCUUUUCCAGACACCUGCUCCUAGCCGUACUGCAUCCUUCUCAGAAUCGAAACAGGAGGAUAUUACCCCAGCCAAAAAAUCUAAACCAGCAAUACCUAGUGGUAAAUAAACUUUUCUGUAGGAUUAUUAUUUUUUUCUAUCUUUUUAUUGUGUCAGGUAGACAAAUAAUAGAACACACUCUUAAAUAAAAGGCAUUUUGAGUCCUUUAAUGUAGCGGGCAUUAUGAAUAGACGCAGGUUCUCUACACAACAGAAUAUGCAGUUCUCCAAGUGACAGCAAAACAUAUAGUGUGUGUAUGCUUAUUUACAUUCCCAAGUAGGUAAAGAUGAUUACUAGUUUAUUGGCAGUAGGGUAUGUACAUAAGUAGGUUUAAGUUUAAUUUUGUUUAGGAAAAAGUUAGAACCUGGGUAAGUGUUGGAAUGAAGGUAUGGCAUAAAGCUGCGAGUGCUGAUAAACCUUUUCAGUAACCAAAGUAUAUGGGGAUUUAGGUAAGAGCAUGAAUGACUGACGUUUUGUAUACAUCAAAAUGCGAAUCCUCCCUUUAAGUAUCUCUAGUAAGUACCAGGCCGUAUAAAUAAAAGGAUGUUUCUUAACUUGGCACUUAAAUCCAGUGGGAGGGAAGGGAUCACCAUAUAGAAAAAAAUGCUAACUAAACAUGGUUUAAUGAUAUAUGGACCAAACUAAAUAAAAGAGGUUUGAUAAAUGUACAAAAAGAACACAUUUUCUACAUUUCUUUUUUUUAAAUAAUCUUUAUUACUUCCCUUCAAAAGUUUACAUUGGUUUUACCAAAUUUAUGAGUUUCUCUUUAAAUGUAUACAUUCUUUUAAUUAAUACUGUUUAUACAUGAUUCCUGUACAUUUGAAAGGAAGUUUCCACAUUUAGAAUAGAAGUAUACUUCUAUGAUUUACGUCUUACUCCCCUCAUUCAUAAGGCAAAUCUCUUUAGUGAAUAGUAUGUGGAAGUUCUAUUGAAAGCGAUGCUCAGGGUUUAGGGUCACAAAAAUGUUAGACUUCUUGGUUCAAUAUAUUUGUCAAGCCCUGUUAGAAUUUCAUAGUGUCUCAUCUCUGGCCUAAAUCCAUACCAAAUGAGUUUCCAAAGAUGCUCGUAUCUACUAAAGUCUGCUAGCAUAUGUAAAUACAAUUACAAGUAAAUGUAUGUGAUAAUCACAAAUUAAUUAGAUUAUAGAAAAACUUGUUGUUUGUAGCACCUGGAGACCACCUCCACCCUCCUCAUCUGCAUUAAAAAUGCAGAUUUUAACCACCCACUUUACGCUUGUCAAAUGCAUUUAUCCUGAACUGCAUUGAUAGACUGAAAACAGUGGGCUAACCCACGUCCAUCAUUCUUGGCAAAUUACCUCUGUCAAGGUUGGACAUUAAAUUCUUAAUGCAGAGGUGUAAAUUCUGUGUAGGUGGUAGGAAGAUGUUUCUGUAUGUAGUCAAACCUAUCCUAAAUGGACAGAUACUGUAAACAAUAUAAUUAAUACACAAAGUUGUAAUUAUGAUGCCAAGACCUUCCAUUCACCUUGUUGGCCCACAUUCUGCAACUGUACCAAACAUUACCGGGAUAGACACCCUAAUUCUCUCCUUUUAACAGAUUCAGCACCUGUACACAGACCAACUAAAGGUAGGCAGGGUGCUGAGAAUCUGGGAGUUGUUGGCUGUGCUUUGUCUCAGUCUGCAAUGUAGUCUUACAACCCCAGUGUGUGUGUAUUUGCUGCCCCUUCUUCCAACAUCUGUCCUUUUUUCUUAUUUUACAACUAGAAUUUUAAGCAGGCUUUUUUGUUUGAGAGGUUGUGAUGCUGUUUGUACAUGAAUAAUGUCCUUUUCUGUGACUUUCAGAUACUAACUACAGGCCAGGAUCUCUAAAAUACUGUAGCAGAGCAUCAUUCCUAUGGGCAGAGUCCUUGAUUCAAUUUCCUUAUUGUGAUCUGAUUUAUUUAAUUUUUUAUAUACUUGACCCUUUCAUAAUAAUCAGAAAAAUAAAAAUUCUAGCAUCCAUGCCAACUGUAAUUCAAUUUAAAAUCUGUCCUUUUAUUACUGCCUCUUACCAGUUUCAGUAACAGGCUGAAGAUGAGCCAACAGUUUCUGGUCCCGACUGAAGUAAAAUUAUCCAUUACUUUUUUUGCCAACAUGUGAUUUAAUGAGAAUCUGGCCUGUUGGUUGUAAUAAAAGAUGGGAGAUUGGUAAUGGUGGGUACUUUUAUCUUCCACUUCACUAAUUAAUGAUUUUAAGGAAGUCUUUAAGAUGUUUUCAGUGUUUUGCUGGAUAUAUAGGAGUGCCCUUCCACAAGUCCAGAAUUGCCUAAAAUUGUUAAUAUUUGAAAUUUACAUAUAGUAUAUAAAUGUAAAGGGUAGUGUAGUCUAUGACCAAUGUACAAUAUUGAAUCAUGGAUAGUCAUGCAUCUAACUCAGGAUUGUCAGAUUAAUUUUUCCCCCUUCACUUCUUUUUAAAGUAUAGCUAAUACAUAUUACUUGUGUGUAGUAUAUUUGAUUUUAGUAUACAUAUUAGGAAGCUUUCCACUAUCUACCCCCUUCCCCUUGGACAACCACCAUUUUGCAGUACCCUUUUGUAGGAUUGCAUUUUAUCUGGCAGAAGUUAUGAAGAGAAAACAUUUGGGGGAUCUGGAGGAGUGUAGCAAACUAAUAUUUAGUAUGAUAAAGAGGAGGGCUCUCUGUGCAUAGUUUGAAAAUGUUGAACUCAGUGGAACCUUCAGUCAUUUGAGGGGCACAUACCAUCCGCAUCUCUGGUUCUUCUCUUUGUUUUCAACUGAAUGCUACAGAACAAUGGAGGCUGUUAUUUCUACAAAAUUAAAUAAUAAAAUACAAAACUAUUAAAAUAUUCAUUAUUUUGAGCAUGAGAUUGCUUUAAAGACUUGUGGGUAUUUGGUCUGCACUUUGAUAGCUCUGAUUUAAGUUUGUAAAAUUGAAUGUAGGUAACGAUUUCUUAAACUUGAGCAAUAAAUUACAACCUAAAAACCAAUCUUAACAAGCAAUCUUUUUUUCUGGAGUCCACUUAAAAUGAAUAAUAAUAAUAUUAAACACACACAUACUUUUUCCAAGGGUUUAUUGGACUUUUUGACGGGCUAUGGGUGUAAUGUAAAAUGUUUCUUGAUAGCUUCAAAGAGGUUACAUACUUUUCUUUUUAAAGGGCACUCCAUGGUAGGCCACCCAGUUUUAAAUAUUAUACAAAAUGACAUUAUAAAUAUGCAAAACUCCACUUCACUUUACUAUAAACACAGCACAUUAUUGCGGUAGAACUUUUUGAUACAGUCAAACUUUUGAGCAUUAUUGCUGCAUAGCUCUGGCUUAAACUCCUACAUGACUCAUUACUGUAAGUUAUAUUGUUAUAACUCUAUGUGAAAUAUAUAUGUUCACAUUAUCUUUUGCUCUUCAGAGUAAUGAAUUUGACAUUCCUGCCAUAGUGGGUUACUGUAUAUGUUAUUUGCUUUCUUUGGAGUGCAGCAUAUGAAGCAGACUCCAACUUGUUACUUGUAGCUUUAUUCAGAGUUUGUUGUAUGUAGAUACAACUCUCCUAUAAAAGCAUGAGCAAUCUAUGUAUCCAAGUACUUAAUUUUUCAGGUUUAAAAAAUAAAAUAAAUUUAUAUAUUUUAUGAAAGUGGAAUAUAGCUGAUUAGACAAAAUAAGUGGCUGGGAUAAUGCUAAAAGAACCAAAAAAGAAGUAUAUUUUUGCAUGAUACUCAAGUUUUUUUUUCCCACUCUGGAGUGUCCUUUUUAAAGUAUUUGUUUCUGAAAAUAAUUGUUAUGAUUGGUACAAGUGAAGGGUUAAGACUCUUUCUAGAAUGUGCAAUAUGCUGUCAUUGUUUUCUGUGUUGCUUGUUUCAUGUCACAGAUCUGCUUGGCUCUGACUUUUUUUUGUCUUGCUUUUUGUACAUGUAUAUUACUCACAUAGAUGACACAAUGUGCUCUUUUACAGCAAAGGCCACCACUCUUUUCAGUCGUCACACCAAAUCGAUCGUAUGGGGCAUGCAGACACGGGCUGUACAAGGCAUGUUGGAUUUUGAUUAUGUCUGUUCAAGGUCGGAACCGUCUGUGGCUGCCAUGGUUUACCCUUUCACGUAAGUAGCCUGUUUUUGUCAUUUUGCUUCCAAGCUGUGUAUGUUUUUCAAAUGUAUUAAAGUGAGCUUGGGUCUAUGUGCUCAUACCAUGAAGUGCCCGCAUUUUUGCCUUGUCACUCCUCUCCCAGGUUAUACUGGCAUGUUUUCCUGGUGAACAGAGGUUCAUCCAACCUCUGAUUCGGUUGCUUUUCGGACCUGUUGGAAUUCAAAAGUGUUUGUAGGGUGCCUGUAUGGAUGUGCGUGCAUAUAAAUGUGUAUUAGUUAUAGACCGCUCAAAGUCACUAGUUAUAAUAUGCAUACAUUUUCCAUCCAGCCACUUCAGAGAAUAUAUGCAGCAUUUUAAGACUCAAAGCACUUAAUUAUGUAACAUCCCUUUUCCCUCUCCCUGUUAAAUAGUGGAGAUCACAAACAGAAAUUUUACUGGGGUCACAAGGAGAUUCUUAUACCACUCUACAAAAACAUGGCGGAUGCGAUGCGUAAGCAUCCUGAAGUAGAUGUACUUAUCAACUUUGCCUCAUUAAGAUCUGCAUACGACAGCACCAUGGAGACCAUGCACUUCCCCCAGGUGUGACUUUUCUGUUAAUUGUACAUAAAAGAUAUGUGCUUUCUAUGUUUUUUUUUUUUUGUUUUUUUUAAAAAUGGCACCUCUCAUUGUAUUCACAAUCUAUGAUUAUAUUAAAUACAGUUUCAUUUAUACAUUGUGAAAGCAAAUAUAUUGUUUUUUUUUUUUUUUUUUUUAUAGUUAUUUCUAAUUUACAUCAUGACACCGCUUCUAUUCCAAGGAAGGAUAAUAUAGCAUUGAUUGAUAAUCAUACUAUUAAUGGUGUUUGCACUACAUAAAUAGUUGUGGUGUUUGGUUUUUUUGCUCCCGCUUUAUAAAUGGAUCACUUGUUAUCAUCCCUUUCUAUAUAGAUACGUACUAUUGCAAUCAUUGCUGAAGGAAUACCAGAGGCUUUAACCAGGAGGCUGAUAAAGACAGCUGAUGAGAAGGGAGUCACCAUCAUUGGACCCGCAACAGUAAGAACAUUCCCCAGAUUUCAUGUAGUUGCUAAGAAAUAUAUAUACUGUAUGUAUUUGUAUUGUGGCAGAAUAGCCAGGCUCUUGAUAAUGAACUUCAAAUUCAAGUGUCAGGAUAAAAUAGUAAUGCGGUUUAUAUGCAUUUUCCACAGGGCAUACAAUGCCAGGCUUUACAGAAAUUAAAUAAAACAAAAAGAAGAUAAAUCCUAUGCCAAGUUGAUGACUUACUAAACAAUAGUAUUUUUAACUAUCCAGCUGGCCAGCUAAUCCAGUUCCCAGUUUGACACAGUUUAAACACAGCAUUGUAAACAUACAGACUUUUACACAGUACCUUUUCAACAGUAUCUUUUGCUUUAGAGUCUUAGGCUUAACAGCCUCCUUUCUCCCAGCUGUUAGACUCUCUGAUGCCUUCAGAGGCUGACCUUUUAAAUCACUAGUGUAGGUGAAUUACUUUUACCUGAAAGGGCUGACUUCUUCCAAUUAUCGCCAUCAUGCUAGGAAUAGUGCUCCAACCUGCUACUGACAUACUGACACUGUGUGUAUAUAUAUAUAUAUAUAUGUGUGUGUGUAUGUGUAUAUCUAUCUCUCUAUCAUUCAUGGACACUGAGAGAGAACCUAGACCUGCUUGAAUGCUACUACAACAGCAGACCCAAUGAGAGAGGCUACAUGAAACGUAUGUGGGAGUUAUGGAUGGAUAAGAGAUCAUCAUCUACCCUAACACCAAAACAGCUGGUUACUCAAUGUUUGAACAUCUUCAAGAGAAUUCUAGUGUCACAACUGGAAAUAGACUACAGAAGAAUUCAACCAUACACCAUGAGGAGGAAGAAAUUCCCAUACCCACAUUCUUACCUGCAGAGAAUUGUCAACCAGAAUCCAUACCCCAAGAUGGCAUAACAACAGAUCUAAGGGAAAUAAUCCUACAAAAACUAGCCGUCAUUAACCUGCGGACAAGACUACUGAAGAUCACUGGAAAGCACCCACCAGACAGCAUACUAGCUGCAGUUAAUGAAGCAUUGUCCACAAUCCCAUCCUGCACAUUCACAGAAACGAACAGGUUCAUAUAUGCCACAGCAUCAGUGGUCCUCCAGCUACUUGACUACGAGAUCAGGCUCAAAGAGAAGCCAUGCCCACCAUUGAAACUACGACUGGAAGCCAAGAUAAAGACAACACGGAAGGAAGUUAGUAAGCUGGAUCAACUUAACAGACGUGCUAAGAUCAAAGAUAGAUCCUGGCUGCUGUGGAAGUUCAAAAAUUUGCCAAUACCGGAGGCACUGGAAACAGCUAAUCAUAGACUGACAGCACUGGCAACCAGACUGAGCAGAUACACCAGAGAAACAGAGGCUAAGAGAAUCAAUGCCCUCUUUACCAGAUCCAUCCAAGGUGUAUGCACAGCUACAGGGUAACCACCACAUCUCCUCGCAAGACCCACCCAGACCUGAGGAUGAAUAUCCUGGAAGAAUAUCUGGGAGCAAGAAGCAUCUCAUAACACCGAGGCCCAGUGGCUACUAGAUCUGAAAGCAGACCACUGCAGGCUGGAACAGGAACCGGUCAUCAUCAAAAUCGAAGAUAUCCAACAGAGAGCAGCACACAUGAAGAGUUGGUCAGCCCCAGGACUUGACGUGAUCCACAACUACUGGAUAAAGAAGUUAAAAGCGCUGCAUGAACACCUAGCAGCACAAAUGAACCAGCUUCUAGCAACAGGCUCCCACCCUGAUUGGCUAACACAAGGCAGAACAAUACUGGUCAUGAAGGACCCUCACAAGGGAACAGCACCAUCCAACUACCGACCAAUAACCUGCCUCACCACAACAUGGAAACUCAUGUCCGGCAUCAUAGCCUCCAAGAUCCAAGGGCAUAUGAAUAAUACUCAGAAGGGGAUUUGAAACCACACCAGAGUAUCAAAACACAAACUACUGGUAGACCAAGCAGUCACAAGGGAGUCUAAGUCCAGACAGACCAAUCUGUGUACGGCCACACACAUGGAUACUGGAAUGCUUAGCUCUCUACAAGGCCAGCAAGACCAUAAAAGCCUUCAUCAAGAACUCGAUAGGCAAGUGGAAACCAACUCUAGAAGCCAAUUCCAGGACACUAACUCAAGUGAACAUUAAAUGUGGCAUAUACCAAGGUGAUGCACUAUCUCCAAUGCCGUUCUACAUAGGCCGCAACCCACUUAGCCAGAUCAUCAAGAAGAGUGGAUACGGAUACAGGUUCAAGAGUAGAGCCACCAUCAGCCACCUAGUCUACAUGGAUGACAAGCUGUAUGCCAACAAUGAGCGAUACUUUGACUCACUGAUCCACCUAACUAGGAUAUACAGCAAGGACAUCAGAAUGUCUUUCGGACUAGAGAAGUGUGGGCGGAUGAUAGCAAACAGAGGGAAGAUGAUCAGGACAGAAGGAGUUGAAGUUCUAGAAGGCCACAUAGAAGAUGAAGAGUACAGCUACAAGUACCUGGGUGUACCACAAACGCAUGGCAACCAUGAGGAAGAGGCAAGGAGGAUAGCAACAUCCAAGUACCUCCAAAGGGUCUGACAGAUCCUGAGGUCCUAGCUCAAUGCUAAGAACAAGAUCCAAGCCAUGAACACAUAUGCCCUACUGGUCAUCAGGUACCCAGCUGGAAUAAUAACCUGGCCAAGAGAAGAACUGAUCACCAUGGAUGUCAAGACCAAGAAACUACUUACUAUGAAUGGAGGAUUCCACCCGAAAUCCAGCACCCAGAGACUGUACACCUGCCGGAAGGAAGGAAGGCCGGGGCCACAGUCCUGGAUGAAACACAGAGCAAUCCACAAGUACAUCAUGAAGAUGGCUCCCAAAGAUGAACUGCAAAGGGAAUGCCUGAGACUGCCACAGAUCGAGGAUGCAGAAAAAGAGGAGGAUCUUUGGCAAGACAAACCUCUCCACUGGUAGAUAGUGUACCACCGGCAGAUAGUGGAUGUGGCUCACAUGACAAAAUCUUACCAGUGGUUGGAAAAGGAAGGGCUGAAAGACAGCACUGAGGCACCAAUCCUAGCAGCACAGGAGCAGGCACUCAGCACCAGAUCAAUAGAAGCUGGAGUCUACCACACCAGGCAAGACCCAAGGUGCAGACUGUGCAAAGAGGCAUCUGAGACAGUUCAGCACCUAGUAGCUGGAUGCAAGAUGUUAGCAGGAACAGCAUACACGGAGAGACACAACCAAGUUGCUGGGAUUGUGUACCGAAACAUCUGCACAGAAUAUGGAUUGGACCUGCCUAAGUCCAGAUGGGAGAUACCACAAAAGGUAGUUGAGAAUGACAGGGCUAAGAUCCUGUGGGACUAAAAGAUCCAGACAGACGAGCAAGUGCUGGUCAACCAACCAGACAUUGUGGUGGUAGACGAGGAACGAAAGACUGCAGUUGCAGUGGAUGUGGCAAUACCCAGUGACUAUAACAUCAGGAAGAAGGAACAUGAGAAGGUGGACAAAUACCAAGGACUGAAAGAACUAGAAAGGAUGCGGAAACUGAAGGCAGUAGUAGUCCCAGUUGUGAUGGGUGCACUCCGGGCUGUGUCUCCCAAGUUGGGGGAGUGGCUUCAGCAGAUUCCAGGUGGGACAUCUGACAUCGUUGUCCAGAAGAGCGCAGUUCUAGGAACAGCUAAGAUACUGCGCAGAACCCUCAAACUCCCAGGCCUCUGGUAGAGGACCCGAGAAUGAGAAAUAAACAUACCACCCAGGAGAGGUGAGAAAAUCGAUGUGUGUGUGUGUGUGUGUAUAUAUAAUAUUUCCUGUAGAAAAAUAACUAAUAAUUGUGACAUGCUGAGCUCAUAUCUUCUUUGUCUGUGGAAGUUUAUUUGAAACAUAUCUAUGUGCAGGUUGGUGGCAUUAAACCAGGAUGCUUCAAGAUUGGAAACACAGGAGGCAUGCUUGACAACAUUUUAGCAUCUAAGCUCUAUCGUCCUGGGAGCGUUGCCUAUGUUUCCCGUUCUGGAGGAAUGUCCAAUGAGCUUAACAACAUAAUUUCAAGGACAACAGACGGUGUUUUUGAGGGUGUAGCCAUUGGUGGAGACAGGUAUGAAAAGUUUAUGUUGGUCAGCAAUUCUGUUUUAAACUUAAUUUAUUUAUUUUUACUUGCGUGUUUCAACAGUGAUGUAUCAAAAAAACAAAAGCAGUUACAUAGUUACAUAGCUGAAAAGAGACUUGCGUCCAUCAAGUUCAGCCUUUCUCACAUUUGUUUUUGCUGUUGAUCCAAAAUAAGGCAAAAAAACCCAGUUUGAAGCACUUCCAAUUUUGCAACAAACUAGGAAAAAAAUUCCUUCUUGACCACAAUGGCAGUCAGAUUUAUCCUUGGAUCAAACAGCUAUUACCCUACAUUGAAAAAUUAUAUCCUUGAAUAUUCUGUUUUUGCAAGUAUGCAUCUAGUUACUGUUUGAACAUCUGUAUGGACUCUGAUAAAACCACUUCUUCAGGCAGAGAAUUCCACAUCCUUAUUGUUCUUACAGUAAAAAAAAAACCCUUUCCUUUGUCUUAUAUUUGUAUAAUGUUAUGUCCCCUCGCGAUCUUUUUCUAAACUAAAGAGGUCAUGUUAAAACAUAUCAAGUUUUACUGAUUUCUAAGAAUUAUAUUUGUCUGAAAACAGACCCCAUAUUUCCUUUUACCUCCGUGAUAGUCACUGGGGAUGUUUGUACAUGUUUAGUGUAAUGAUAAUUUAAAAACCUUUUAUCACUCCUUGCACAUUAGGUAUCCUGGAUCCACUUUCAUGGACCAUGUUCUCCGAUACCAGGAUACUCCAGGAGUAAAAAUGAUUGUGAUUCUUGGAGAGGUGAGGUGUAUUUUCUUCUUCUUUACACAAAAUUCUUGACAAGUCAACUAGAUGGUACUCUGAGUGCUUAAAGUGUGUGUGUGUGUGUGUAUCUCUCUCUCUCUCUCUGCUUGGCAAAUACUAAAAAAAAUUGUAUUAAACGUGCCUAGGUGCAAUCCCACAUAUGUGUGUGUGUGUGUGUGUGUGUAUAUGUAUGUAUAUAUAUGUAUAUAUAUAUAUAUAUAUAUAUAUUAUAUAUAUGUGUGUGUAUAUAUAUAUAUUGUAUGUGUAAGCACUCCAGGUCUGAAAUCCGUGCAAUAAUGGUGUUUAUUGUAUUUCCAACAAAUGGCUGUGCAAAAUAUUAAAUCAACGUUUCGACGUUUCGGGUCUUUCUCAAGAUCACAAGAACUUAACAAUCCAGUGUUGGGACAGUACGUAGGUGAUUGACACUUCAGGGUUCAAUCAGUCUUCAUACUGUUUUAACACUGGAUUGGUAAGUUCUUUAUUCUUAUAUAUAUUAACAUAUUUUAUGUAACACUGUGAUCUGAUAUAUAUUAUUUAUUUAUUUAUUUAUUUUUAAAGGGAGCAGUCUAGGACUGAAAUCCAUGCAAUAAUGGUGUUUAAAACCCGCCAGGGUCGAAACGUCGAUCUACUUCAUGUAUUUAAUUUUGUUGUUUUCAUAUUAUGAAAUCACUAUUGGAUAGUCCUGCGAGUGCACACUGGAUGUAUUAUUUCAUAUAUGUACUAAUGCAGGUGGCACUCAGGCAAGUUAUUUUUUUUUCCUAGAAAGGAGAGUGCCAAGCUUUCAAAAAUGUUAUAUAUAUAUAUAUAUAUAUAUAUAUAUAUAUAUAUAUAUAUAUAUAUAUAUAUAUAUAUAUAUAAAAAAGAGAGAGACCCUAAGGGUUGAAGCGUUGAUCAGUAAGCAUCAUUGGGAUGUAAAACUUUGGAAUAAACUACAACGCGUUUUGCACAGUAAAGACCUGUGUGUGCUCCUUUUUUUUUUGUUUUUUUUUUUUGUCAAAUCUACAUAUUACACCAAGGCAAAGAAUAACUAUAUUCUUUAAAGGGUAAGUUCCAAGUAUCUUCUUUUUGUUUAUAUGUCUCCUAAGAGCAGACAUUAGGCUGCUAGAGUAGGACCUGCCAAAGAUGGGGUACAUUAACGUUGUGGCAGGCUUAUGCAAUGUAUAAACCUAUAAUGUAACUAAACCUCCAUUAUUUUUGCCUAGAUUAGGUGUUUUUUUUUAAAAAAAAACUAAUAAAAUCUGUCAACAUUGAAGUUGCUGUUUAGUGGAUCUUGUGUAUUGUAUAAAUUGGCCCUCAGCAGCACCCCAUUUAUGCAUGUUCAGGUGACAGCAGCCCCUUGGUUUCAUAUACACUUGUCUUUUUGUUUUGCCCUUGGGCUAGAGGAAUCAUGCAACCAGCCAACAGGUCUGAAGACUCUGCUAUUGGGAUCUCUAAAAAUCAACACAGGGCACACCAUUCCAAAAUGAACUAACAAACUCGGCUUUAGUUUUAUGCUCAGUACGUUUAGAUUACUGUGACAACUUUAAUAAAAUACAAAUAACCAAAUCAUAUCAGACAACAUUCAGGAACUUAUAAUAAUAUAUUUAUAAAGGUUUGGGUGGGGAUGACCACUAUUAACACAACAUAUCUCUCCUGCCUGCAGAAUUAGCAAUAAAUCUACCUGAAUAUGCAAAGUGAUAUAGCUGUUGCUACCAACAGAGGGCGCAGUAAAGGCUCCAAAGCCAAAUCCACCUUGUUGGUAGCAAGCAUCAGCAGGACAGGAGAGCACACAAAACAUGUAACCACAACCAAGUAUAGUAUAAAUACCCUGCACCUAUAAUAGUCACAUGGUGACUAAAACAUGAGAACAAUUCAAAAGUAAAGUGUCCUUCUGCUAGAGCUAAAACAAUUCACACAAACACCACCAAAGAAUGAAUAAGAUGGCGCAAAAUUGAUUUUAACAAUCACCUACUAUUAGUGUAACAAUCACCUACUAUUUAAUUAAUAUAUGCAGCAACCAAAAAAACCUGGUAAACACAUUCCCAACAAACAACCCAUACAUCUUGCAAAAUUUUUUGCACUUCGUCUAUGUACCAUUAUUGUAUGAAUAAUUAGUAGUCGUUUAUGCACCUUAAUUGGUAUCUAGUUGCAUGAUCUAUAUUGUAAGAUAAUUAUUCACUGUUUCAAUUGAUAUUGCAGACCAAUUUAGCUGUUGAUUAAUUGUUUUGUUUUUUUAAUUUUUUUUUAUUGUCACUAAUUUAGGGGUUUAUUAAAACAAAUAAUUUAUACCUUAAGACAAAAGACAAGAAACAAAUGUACACACCUCCUUCAAACUCCAUCACAAGCACCAAGUUUAGCGCGUGACCAAACAGAGGUCACGGACGUGCACUCCCUAAAAAUAUGACCGACCGGCUGUGUGCAAAUUGGACAGUUGUCAUAGUAACUGGUUAAUAAAAACGCAAGCGAGGCUUGUCUCACCUCCUGAGGUAGAAUGGCAAAGGCAGUAAUCUGAUAGAUCCGCACGAAAGUGUACCACCUUUUAAAGCUUACCAGAGUCUGAAGUAUUCAGUCCUUGGCUUGGGAAUACUGUAAACCUGUAAACUGUAAACCUAUUAUACAUAUUCUUCAAGUAUGGUCAAUAGGCAAGUGGGUGGACUGCUAUGUAAGGUUUUUCCAAAGCAUAGCCCACAACUAGGGUCAGGAACAUCACCGGGGUCACUUCCUACCCUCACUGCAUAUAUGAAAACCGUCAUAAAAGCGAUGAAUCCAAGGCAGGUUAUAUCCUAUCUACAUCUGGAUAUAAAAGGUAUAAAUACCUCAAUGGUCUAAGGUGCCCCACCCAGGCUACCUCACAUAGCAAAAUAGUUGGAUUCCUACAGAGGAAAGCUCCUAUGCCCCAGGCUAGCAAAAGCAGUAAUCUGCUUGAUCUGCACAGAAGCGGAAUGCAAAUGAAAAUUACCUAGGUCUGAAAUAUAUAUAGUUUCCUACAAGGGAAUGCAAUAGAAAAAAUAAUAGCCUAGCAAGCAAGGAUCCAAAGUCUAUCACACAAGUAAUAAAAUAUAACACCUUAUAAGACCAAGCUGACGUUAUGAUGACACUCACAGAAUAGCAGUGUAUAGCUGCAAUGAAAAGCACUGUUGUACUAGUAUAGAAAGGUGCAUCGUACUAAAAUAUAUUAAAAUAAGCAAUAGUUAAUAAGGCAAAAUAGUAAUUGAAAUGUACUUAUAGGGCGUAAGCACAAAACAAUAAAAGCCAUCAAAUCAUUUGACUCUAUGAUAGUACAUACAUACCAGCCUGAGUUAGAGCAUUACAGUUGUACAGCUAAAGUGGGAACCAGAGAUAUUCCUGUUGCUAUGCCCAACGUUCGGGGUGGCGCUGGGUUGCAGGCGAGUCGGGAAGGCAAAGGGCCUUCAUUAAUGUGGGUGCCCCCUCUGGCGAGGUUAAAGUGUGUGUGUGGUCCCACUGUGGUUUGCUUGUAGGGAGCCAUUCAUUCCCCAUCUGUAGGCCACUCCAGCAUUUCUUAGUUUGGUGGUGAUGGUACCGAAAGAUUUUCUCCAUAACAGAGUGGUUCUCGUGAUGUCCUGGAAGAAGGAAAGGUGGGAGCCUUCGAAGGCCAGUGGGGUUUUGCUCUUUAGGGAUAGCAUGAUUUAGAUUUUUUUCAUUACACUUCAGGUCGGGACGUGACGACGCUCACGUGGGGAGGGGAGGAGUUGGGACCGGACCGGAGAGAUUGGCGGGAAGAGAUGGCGAGACGCUAAGCCCAGAAGCGCCAUUGCCGCCCCGCCAGCACGGAGCCCAAGCAGGCCGAUACCUACCUAGCCGACCGAUCCAGCAGUAUCCAGCAGCAUGGUACUAGACAGGUCGACAGCUAAGUGAACUAGCGCGGACAUCCAGUAUAAUUUUAGACUGUGUGAGAACGCUACCUUUUUCCUUUAUCAUUUUUUGGCACUUUUUAUAGCACAUCUUAUAACACUGUGAGCACUGUGGCAUUUUAUGCCAAAAGGCAGUUGUAAUACUGUGAAAACUGUGGCAUCUUAUACCAAAAGGUACUUAUAACACUGUGAAUACUGGGGCAUCUUAUACCAAAAGGCAGUUACAACACUGUGAACACUGUGGCAUUUUAUGCCAAAAGGCAGUUAUAACACUGUGAAAACUGUGGCAUCUUAUACCAGAAGGUAGUUAUAUCACUGAAUAUAGUGGCACCUUAUACCAAAAAGCAGUUAUAACCUUGUGCAGCUAUAACAUUGUGAAUAUUGUGGCAUCUUAUACCAAAAGGCAGUGUGAACUUUGUGAACACUGCGGCACCUUAUGCCAAAAGGCUGUUAUAACACUGUGAAUAUUGUGGCAUCUUACACCAAAAGGCACAUAUAACUCUGUGAAUAAGGUGGCACCUUAUACCAAAAGGCAGUUAUAACACUGUGAAUACUGGGGCACCUUAUGCCAAAAGGCAGUUAUAACACUGUGACUAUUGUGGCAUCUUACACCAAAAGGCACUUAUAACUCUGAAUACUGUGGCACCUUAUACUGAAAGGCAGUUAUAACACUGUGAAUAUUGGGGCAUCUUACACCAAAAGGCACAUAUAACUCUGUGAAUAAGGUGGCACCUUAUACCAAAAGGCAGUUAUAACACUGUGAAUACUGGGGCACCUUAUGCCAAAAGGCAGUUAUAACACUGUGACUAUUGUGGCAUCUUACACCAAAAGGCACUUAUAACUCUGAAUACUGUGGCACCUUAUACUGAAAGGCAGUUAUAACACUGUGAAUAUUGGGGCACCUUAUGCCAAAAUGCAGUUAUAAUACUGUGAAUACUGUGGCUUUGUAUGCCAAAAAGGCACCUUUAACACUGUGAAUUCUGUGGCAUCUUAUACCUAAAGGCAGCUAUCACACUGUGAAUUUAGAAUAUAGUAUAAAAAGCGACAUAAAAGAGGAAGAGGGGAGGAGAAAAGAAAAGAAGAAGAGAAAACAUAUGUGGCCAUCUAAGGACUCAAAAGUGCAUGUUAUGCAACUAGUUGGUCUUCCCGUUAUACCUGCAUAUAUAUAGCUCAUUUAGCACAUAUACAAUUGGUGCUGAUUUAUUGUUUGAUUUGGGCUAUAUACGAUAGAAAGGGGAAUAAUUUUUUUUUUUUUUCUCUCUCUCCCUAAUUUAAAGCGAUAUGUCUUCUAAAAAAGCACAGGAGAGUAAAGCCUCAACAAAAGCUGAUAAAAAGGGCCAAAAGCAAGAAAAAAGAUCGGCUUUUUUUGUUCCACAAGAUGGCCAUGAUUGUAUGGAGCAAUCAUCUCUGGAAUCGCUUCAAACAGGGGUUUUUGUUUCACCUAUCAAAGUUUUGGAUAAGUAGUUACUCCUUCUUUUUUAAAGAAUGUUUGGAAGAUCUGUCUAAAGAUAUUAAAAAAGAUUUGAGUGAUACAUUUUCUGAUAUAAAGAUGGACUUAGCUGAGUUAAAGGAAUGCAUUCAUAAAUUAGAAGAAAAGGAAGAAGAUAUUGUGUUUCAGCUCCAGGCAGUAAAGGACACUCAAAUCAAGACGGAAUUGAAGUUGAAAGAAAUGGAAGACAAAAUGUGUGAGCUGGAAGACAGAUCAAGAAGGUUGAACUUAAGGUUCAGAAAUAUUCCUGAGGACAUAUUAUAUGCUCAACUAUAUGAUUUUUUGAUAAAAUAUUUUAACUGUCUGGGGGUCCUUAUGGCACAGCAAGAUAUUAAGUUGUCUUGGUACCACCGUCUUUCUUAUAGAAAGAAAGAUCAAUUGUACCCACGUGAUGUUAUUGUAGCGUUCGUUUCAUAUGAUCUCAGGACUCAGAUCCUCCAGUCUGCGAGGAAGACGAAGAUAAACGAUGAAAAGUUUACAGCAAUAAAAGUGUUAACAGACGUCUCUUGCUUAACGAGGCAAAGAAGAAAUUUAUUUUCCACGUUUUUUCCGUGUCUGAAGAAAUUCAAUUUAAAGUUUAAAUGGGCCGCUCAGUCAGUUUUAUUAAUUUGUUAUGACAUAUGGAAGUCUUUCAAGUCAGUGGAUCUGGCUCAUGCCUGGUUAAAAGAAAUUGAUAUGUAGUUUUAGGUAGUUAGUCUGGUGGGCGAAGUGCUGUGCUUGCGUUCUUGCCUGGAAAGCGGAGGGCGGGGGAGGUGGAAGAGAUGAGAGGUUGGGAGAUAUUUUUUUGGGGGGGUUAUGGGAGUUAAGAGCGUAUUUACAACGCUUUUAAUGGGAUAAUUUGCGGUAAUAUUGUAACUUGGUGACAUCACGGUAACACACAGAAGGGCACAAGAGUGAAUAUAAGCCUAAGAUUUAAGAAUGUAUUUAUAAAGCUCUUAAUAGGAGUAAUAAGGGUAUUAGUUUAUAAUGGUAAUAUCGGAGUAAUGAUUUUUGGUGUUUGUACCAUAUUAGUUUGCUUAUACUGGUCCUAUUAGGGAUAAUAGAAAAAAAUUUAGGGAAAUACUAGGAAUGGUGUAACAAAUAUAGAGUAGACAUGGGAAGGGAAAAAGAAAAAUAUAUAUUGAUGUUAUCUCUGGAAUAUUUGUGAUUAUUAGAGGGAUCAAAUUUUGGGAAACAGGGAGGUAUUUAUAAUGCCCUAAAUUGGUACAAUUUGGUGAUUUAGUCCAUAUUGGUAUGAUGGGAGUAAAGGUCAUGAUGAUAGCACUGUAAACAAUAAACAAGAAAUACCUAUUAUUAACACAUUAGAAGUUGAGUGUAUUCACGCCGGCCCUUAAUGGGCUAUAGGAAGAAUAGUGAUAAUGUUGGGAGUGGUAUAACUAAUUUAGAGUAUUCUAAUUUGAUAUUUAUUUUGAAUGGUGUUUAUUUUGAAUGGUGAUAAUUAUGAAGCGAGAUUCUUAAUGUAGAAAAAAAAAAAUUAUUUUUUUUUCCUCCUUCUUCCUCUCACUUCUUCCACCUCUCCGUUUUCUUUUUCUUGUUAUAAGAAAGUCCGUGAUCCCAUGCUUAUUCCUGUGGGAGUCUAUGGGAUUCUCAUUAUGUGGAAUAUUAUUUUUGGUAUUCCAGAUGUUUAUGUAGAUUUCAUUGUUUUAUUGUUGUAUUGUCAGGUGUGUAGUAUGUUUAACUGGUCAUAUGUGUUGCAGAUGUGGUCAAGGAGCCCUAAAGAGAAAUAUAGAUUAACUGAUGGUUAGAAUCCUAACUAUUAAUGCCCAAGGCCUCAACUCUCCUCUUAAACGAGGAUACUUGUUCAAUACUCUGGUGAAUCAGAAAAUCCAAAUCGGUUUUAUUCAGGAAACCCACUGGUAAGGGGAAGCUAGAAAAUUAUGGUUCUUCAAAAAAUACCCGGUGAUUUAUUCUGCUUCUUUAAAAGGAAAAAAGAAAUGUGGUGUAUCUAUAAUUUUUUCUAGAGAAGUUAUCUUUGAUUGCUGUUAUAACUACUUAGAUCCGGAAGGGAGAUUUAGUAUUUUAGUGGGUCAAAUGAAUGGGUUGGGUUAUACUUUGGUCAAUGUUUAUUUACCUAAUAAAGACCCUAUUAAAACUUUGACGAAAAUUUUAGGUUUGGUUGAACAGGUUAAAAAAGGUAGUCAUUCUUGCUGGCGAUUUUAAUUGCAUCUUUGAUACCUCUUGGGACAAACAAUUGGCUAAAAAUCAGAGGAUAGAUAAAUCUCUUAAAAGGCAGGCGGCAUAGUUAAGUAGAGUGAUUAAGAAAGCGGAUAUGUUUGAUUGUUGGAGACUGUUUCAUCCCAGUGAAAGAAAUUUUACACACAGAUCUAUCCCUCACAAUUCAGCUGCUCAGAUAGAUAUGAUUUUGGGUAAUUUAAAAUUAGUUCAGGCAAUCUCUCUAAUGUCUAUCGUUGAAAAUACUUGGUCAGACCAUGACAUGGUAAUCACAGAUCUGGUGGAAAUUAAUAAGAGAUCUCCGCAGAUCUGGAAAUUGGCAGACUAUCUGCUAAAAAACAAAGCAAAUGUAGAACAUAUAGAGAAGUUAAUUGAUUUCUUUAUUAAGGAGAAUUCAACUGAGGAGGUAUCUAAAGAAUGCUUAUGGUCCUCGUGUAAAGUAGUCAUCAGGGGACACUGGAUAAAACUUUCAAGUUUUCAAAAAAGGAAUGUAGAUAAUAUUUUGUCGGAUCUUUACAUUCAAUUUUAUAAUCUUUCUAAAGCUAACAAACAAGUUUACUCUGUAGAUAGAGCUCUAGCUAUUAAAACCUACCAAGAAAAGAUAAAUGAACAGAUUAAGAAUAGGGCAGAACGUAAUCUAAACAAGUUAAAUAUGAAAUAUUAUUACAAGAAUAACCGGGUAGACUCAGUCUUAACAAAUAAAUUAAAGAAAAAGAUGACUGACCAUAAGAUAUCUAAAUUAAGAGAUAGAAUUAAUUACAUCUAUAAGCCUGAAGAAAUUGCCAGUAAAUUUAGAGUGUUCUAUCGAAAACUUUAUAACCUGAAUAAAUCUCCUGACCAAGGUUUUUUGGACAGUUACUUGAAAAAUUCUAAUCUAUUUAAAUUAUCUAACGAUCAGAUGGUGAAACUUAAUAGAAAUAUAUCUUUUCAUGAAGUGGAAUUGGCAAUUGAUAAGAUUGUUAAUAGUAAAGCUCCUGGACCGGAUGGGUAUACAAAUUUGUUUUUUAAGGUAUUUAAGAGACAAUUAAUUCCGUUGUUAACUGACACCUUUAAUGAAUUGGCAAUCAAAGGGAAUGCAUCUCAAGAUUUAUUAAGGGCUCAUAUUACUCCAAUUUUGAAACUGGGCAAAAGUUCAGAUGAUGUGAGUAAUUAUCGCCCUAUAUCUCUGGUUAAUGUGGAAAUGAAACUUUAUGCCGCAAUUUUAGCGGAACUUUUGGAAAUAGUCUUGCCAUCACUUAUACAUAGGGACCAGAUAGGUUUUAUGCAGGGAAGACACUCCUCAAAUAACACUCGUAGGGUUCUGGAUAUUAUAGAAUGGGCUCAAGUUGAGGGAACUCCCCUUCUGACCCUGUCGGUGGAUGCAGAAAAAGCCUUUGACAGGGUCGGAUGGGGAUAUCUGAAGAGAACUUUGUUACAGUUCGGUUUUGAUGGAUGGUUCUUGAGUGCGGUGGGAGCUAUAUAUUCGAAUCCCUCUGCCCGUCUAGUAGCCCGUGAUUUAUGCUCAGAUUGGUUUUAUAUUAACAAUGGGACGAGACAGGGGUGUCCUCUUUCACCUUUAUUAUACGUCUUAUCAAUUGAACCACUAGCAAAUAAUAUUAGACAAAAUGCAGGGAUUAAAGGAUUAGGAACCCAACAUGAUGAAUGGAAGAUAUGUCUAUAUGCUGACGAUAUCUUAAUUUCUAUUACGGAUCCCCUGGUUUCUCUUCCUCAUUUAAUGCAAGAAUUUAACAACUAUAGUAGUGUUUAAAAUUAUAAAUUGAACACGAAUAAAACAAAGCUAUGCUGAUUAAUAUCCAUAAAGAUAAUUUACUUUCCCUAAAGAAAGAUUUCGAUUUUAAAUGGACAAAAAAAGUUUAUAUAUCUGGGGGUAAUUAUAACUGCAGAUAUGACGGACUAUGGAAAUCAAUUUUUUGAAGCUGUUAAAAGAGACUAACAUGUUAAUAAAAGAAUGGAGAGUGCAUUAAAUUUCCUGGUGGGGAAGGAUAAAUACUAUUAAAGCCUAUAUAAUUCCUAAAUGGGCUUACUUAUUUAGUAUGCUCCCUCUCUCGAUCCCAAGCUAUUGGCUGAAUAUGCUGCAAAAUAGCAUUACAGCGUAUUUCUGGAGAGGGAAGAGACCAAGAAUUAGUACAUACACUCUAUCAAGGAAGGCCCAUCAGGGGGAGUUGGGUUACCCCCUAGUGAAUCAAAUCUACCAGGCUAAUAUAAACUUGUUCAUGCCAGUAAAUUACAAUUAAGUGACUCUAUUGACCAAGCUUGGUAUAAAAUUGAAGCAGCCAGACUUGGUUUAGAUAAUCUCGAAUUCCUCUUAUGGAGAGAGGCAAGCCAGAAUAAGCAUCUGUGCGAGAUUGGUUCUCAUUUUCCUUUGUCUUUAUUACAGACAUUAAGAGAAUGGACCAAUAUAAAGAAGAAGUUGAAUAUUAAUAGAAAACUAUAUGAGAGCCUGAGUCUAAGGUCGUUAGAAUGUUUUAUGCUAGAGAUAAACCUGACGAAUUGGUAUAAAGACUCUAAUCAUAAGAUAAAAGAUCUCUAUAAUGACCAACAAUUGAAAAGCUUUGAAGUUUUGAAAAAUUGGUUAGAUUUACCCUCCAGAUAAUUAUUUAACUUUCUUCGUAUUAAGAGCUAUUUGAAAGAUAACAAAUUGGUUUUAGAAGGCCGUUUUGGAAUACUGUUUAGAAAAAUCUCCUCAGGGUGUAACGUUAAAAGGAUCUUCUCUAUUGCAGUUGAACUAAUAAAAAUGAAAGGGACCCCACUUAUCCCCAAAGCCUUAACUAAAUGGGAAACUGAUCUAGCAAUUUCUAUUCCAUUUAAUAGUUGGUGUAAAUCUUUUGUAAGGACUAAAAAAAUUAUUCACUGCCUGAAUAUUCUAGAGACUUUUACUAAAAUAUUAUAUAGAUGGUACCUGGUACCGACCAGACUUGCUAAAAUUUCUAUUACUAACCCAUCUAACUGUUGGCGCUGUCUACCUCAAGAUGGUUCUAUGGUUCAUAUAUGGUGGUUCUGCCAUCGAAUUAAAUCUCUUUGGACGAUUACAUAUGAAUUUAUAAAUAGUAUUGGAGGUAUUCAUUUGGAAUUCAAACCGGAGGUCGCCCUACUCCAACUUUUGGGUUUAGAAAUGAAGGAUAAUCUUGAUAUUGUGAUUAUACACUGUUUAAUGGCUACUAAAAUAUUAAUUGCUAGAUUUUGGAAAAGCACUGAUAUUCCUACAAGAGAUCAAGUUAAAGCCCAACUUCUAUUCCAAGUCGAGAUGGAAAAGGGGUUAAUGUCCAUGAGAGAAUAUCCUAAUUUUAAUUCUCUGACGUUUUAUUUUAGUCUUGUUGAAAAAAUUAAUGGGCUUUAAGGAGUUUGAGGAGGUGGGGUACUGCUUACGAUAACCUUAUGGUUAAUCUGAUGUUUUUUUGUUUUUUUUUAACGGGUUCUAUUGUUGGGCUCCUUGUCCUCAUACUGUAUUACUUAAAUGUGGUAGUGGAUCUGCAAUACAUAUGACCAGUUUUGUCUUUGUUUUUGUCUGUCUUAUCUAUAAGGUUUUUAAGGCUGAUUUUGGAACAUGAUAUCCAAUCGAUGGGACUUUAAUGUUAUUGUAUUAUUGUGUUCUAGAUGGCCUAUUGAUGAAUUUUGAAAUAGAAUAAUAUACCUUUGUUUGUUUAUUGGGGAUAAGAGUCCUUAAUUUUUCUUUGUAAGGUUCCUCCCCCGAGAUGUUGUUAUGUCUAUUAUUAUUCUCAUGAAAAAAUCUAAUAAAAAGAAUUUAAACAUAAAAGGUAUAAAGACCUCCAAUGGUCUAAGGUGCCCCACCCAGGCUACCUCACAUAGCAAAAUAGUUGGAUUCCUACAGAGGAAAGCUUCUAUGCCCCAGGCUAGCAAAAGCAGUAAUCUGCUUGAUCUGCACAGAAGCGGAAUGCAAAUGAAAAUUACCUAGGUCUGAAAUAUAUAUAGUUUCCUACAAGGGAAUGCUGUAGAAAAAAUAAUAGCCUAGCAAGCAAGGAUCCAAAGUCUAUUACACAAGUAAUAAAAUAUAACACCUUAUAAGACCAAGCUGACGUUAUGAUGACACUCACAGAAUAGCAGUGUAUAGCUGCAAUGAAAAGCACUGUUGUACUAGUAUAGAAAGGUGCAUCGUACUAAAAUAUAUUAAAAUAAGCAAUAGUUAAUAAGGCAAAAUAAUAAUUGAAAUGUACUUAUAGGGCGUAAGCACAAAACAAUAAAAGCCAUCAAAUCAUUUGACUCUAUGAUAGUACAUACAUACCAGCCUGAGUUAGAGCAUUACAGUUGUACAGCUAAAGUGGGAAUCAGAGAUAUUCCUGUUGCUAUGCCCAACGUUCGGGGUGGCACUGGGUGCUGGGUUGCAGGCGAGUCGGGAAGGCAAAGGGCCUUCAUUAAUGUGGGUGCCCCCUCUGGCGAGGUUAAAGUGUGUGUGUGGUCCCAUUGUGGUUUGCUUGUAGGGAGCCAUUCAUUCCCCAUCUGUAGGCCACUCCAGCAUUUCUUAGUUUGGUGGUGAUGGUACCGAAAGAUUUUCUCCAUAACAGAGUGGUUCUCGUGAUGUCCUGGAAGAAGGAAAGGUGGGAGCCUUCGAAGGCCAGUGGGGUUUUGCUCUUUAGGGAUAGCAUGAUUUCGAUUUUGUCCUGGACUGAUACACAGUGCAAGAUCACAUCCCUGAUCAUAGCGUUGGGAGCUCUAGCAGAGCUGGAGAUUCAGUAGAUCCCAUCUAUGGCUAUUUUCUUAGCGACAGUGGGAAACAUUAUAGUAGUUGGUAAGAGUCGGACGUAAUGCAGCAGUUCUUUGGCUGAGAUUGCAGCAGGUAUCCCUGUAACGCAUCACCUGGCACCCCAACUGGGUACCUCCAUUGAGGGAUACUCCUAGCGCUUCCUGAGGACUCCAAGCACUGCAGCAGACACCACAACCACCGAACCGGAGAAGCAUACGAAUGCUCUCAAGCAUAUGAAUGCUGUAAGCAGCUGAACAGGAAAAGCAUACAAUCAGCUUACACUCCUGGCAAUCAGCAUACAAUCCAAUUCCCCCAAUAACGAGACGACACUUAGUUUUGAGGUCAAGCAGAACUGACUGUACUGGCACAUACAGCCUCUUUUAUUCCCAAUCCACAAACUUAGUACUGCCCACAGGGUUUUGAAACACAGCCAAUCAAUCCGUACAAUACACACAGACACUCCCACACAAAAUCCUCCCCUCUGCCUGUGAUAUGAUUACUGAACACAAUGGUUAAUCUAAUUAUCACAGGCAGAUAAAUACAGUAUUAUAAAACACAUCACAGGGACCCCAAAACAUGCAAUAACCCCAUAAAAAGUAUAUCCUUGGAACCGGGGGAUCUGGGUGAACCACAUAUCCAAAAUUCACCCAGAUCCGUUCAGUAAUUUGGAAGAUACAGUUUAAUGCACAGAACAUAUACAGGCUAAAUAAAAAACAAUCACUGUAUAAUGUGUCCCCUGUUGUAUAGUCCAAAACCACUGCACGAUGUCUCUGUGCACCAAAUACCGGCGAGAUGGCACCGUGUUGAAAAGUCCAAACAGUGUCUGUGAGUUAAAAUGGCCGCCAUCCAUUGUUCUCACCAUGUGCUUCAUCCAUUGUUCUCACCAUGUGCCUCUGAUACAGGAAAUGGUGGGCACCCAGUAACUCCACAGUAUGUCCCCAAAUGGUUCUUAAAGGGCCAGCAGCAGCACAAAACAAAUCCAUUAUGCCCAAAUCAUGUCUUUAAAGGGCAAUACAUCCCAGUGGCCAUAGUCACAUGGCAGGAGGCUGGCAAUCAGUCUUCUCCAAUGCCCAGUGGUGAGGUCGGUUUCGCCACAAUCCCCCUGAUUUUUAUGUGGCUGCCGAUCUUGAGCAGUCAUGCGUGUUGAUAGUGCCCUCUGUUCAGUUUGGAGCUGGUAGACAGAGUCCUUGAGGGAUGACUGGUUGGAUUGCACCUCCACAAUGUCCUGCUCAGCAGUUCUUACUUUGUCUGUGACAUGUUGAAUAUCAAUAUUGACAAGGUUUACAUCUGCAGCUAACAGUUUUUGUAUGUCUGCCAGGAGUACCUUGAGGUUCCGCUUUGUUGUGGGGACCGAGUCAUCAGUGGGCUCCUGGGGUUGAUUCACCAAGCUUUCAGCCAUGGUAGUGUUACCCUACCUCUCCAGCAUCGGAGUUAAGGGUGAUGCAAGAGGUUCUUCAGUGGGAGUAGGCCCAAGUUGUGCAAGCCGCUGUAGCAUCUCCCGAUUCAAAUCGUAAUCUUAAUUUCCUUCCGGCUGUAAAAGACAGUCACUUGCUUAACAACUGCAUUUCAUCCCUUUGCAGUGGUCUGGAUGACCAGUUUAAUACUGUAAUCACUUCAGUAGCCAUGGAGGCUUGCCUUUUGCCCCUUCUGUCCUCUUCUUGUAAUUAACCUUUGCCUAUUUCGCCCCUUUUUCUUUGAUAUUGAUGGUUUUAGUACCUAUAAAAAUGGCAGAGCUGAUGCCCCCACCUAGCGCCUGGACUUUGAUGUCUCUUGACCAGACUCUGAUUUCAAGAGACAUCUUUAUUUAAUUAUUUUUUUACAUUCUUUAUUUAUACUUGAGCAGUAGAUAAUGCAGUGUAUAAUGACAGUAAAUAGAGCAUAUGUUUAUCGACAUUGGUGACAUUAUGAUCCAUAUUUGUAACAGAGGGUGAAAUGAUUACAGUGUAGUUACAGAGUCCAGGAUGAGAAGAUAUAUACAUGCAAGUUAGUGAUAUUGCAUCCAAAUCUUUACGCAGUGGUUGAGAGUGAAUAUCAUUAGACCUGUCCAUUGAGUACUUAGUGGGUAUCUUAAGCACCAGAUGGGUGUACACUAUCUGUGAGGGAUCAUGUGUCAACUCUGUCAUCCACUCCUCAAGUAUUUUUAGUUUUGUGGAUAUUCCCGUCCGGAAAUUAAGACAGAAAGAAGAAAAAGAGAGAGAAAUAAUGAAGAAAGAGAGGGGUCCCGGCGUUUUAUCAAGUAUAAAUUUGUCUGGGUUUGUGGAUACGCUGACAGGUCUGCUGUGAUUGUCAAAACUGGGUUGUCUUGCCCCUUAACCAUUUGUAAAACCGAUGUUCCUUACAGUCGUUGGCCACCUUCUCCUGUUUCUCUCUCUCUUGAAUCUUAAGUCAGACUUAUCAUUUUUUUUUAUAUUCUCUUCCACUUUCAAAAAAGUUGUUGCUAAAACAGGACUGAAUACUUCAGACUCUGGUAAGCUUUAUUGGUGAUUCACUUUCAUGCAGAUCUAUCAGAUUAGUCUCUUUGCCAAUUACUUAUAGUCAGGCGAUUGGCCCGGCUUUUGUUUUUAUUUUUCGGAUACUAUGACAACUGUCCCAUUUGCACACUGCUGAUCGGGUGGUCACAUUUAUAGUGCAUGCGUGCCUGUGGCUUCGGUUUGGUCAUGCGUUCAUGAGGGAGUUUGAUUGAGGUUAGUACCUUGGUUUCUUGUCAUUUGUCUUAAGGUGUAAACUUAUUUCUAUCCUGAUGUCUUGAUUAACAUUUUGAUGAUGAUAACUGAAAUGUCGAUAUUUUGAACAAAGCAAGUGAAAGCUAUGUUUUAACCAAUUUGUUAGAAAAGUCCUGGAAAUACUAUUUGUAUGUUGAAUUUUUACUGACCAGCACUAGGCACUGAACAGUGUUUUUUGAAGGAUUAUUUUUUUUUUUUAAUUUUAAAAUUACUUUAAGCAAAAUAAUUUGUUAUAAAUUCAUAAGAUUCUCUUAAAAUGUUUCACCUUUUGCUAUGCAUUUAAACUAAACUGAUCAUGUUAUGCUUCUCUCCCAGAUUGGUGGAACAGAGGAGUAUAAAAUAUGCCGUGGAAUAAAGGAGGGUAGACUCACUAAACCUAUUGUGUGUUGGUGUAUUGGGACUUGUGCUACCAUGUUCUCUUCAGAGGUAAAAUAUGAUAAAUUAACAUGGUUUGUACCGUGUAAUUGUGUCACAUAUUUAACCACUAGGUCAGGGGUGUAGAGUGAUAGAUCACCUGUAUUAUCAUUAGAAAAUAUGCCCUUACAGUUUCCUAUUAAAGCUUUUUCUGUCUUCCUUGCCAAAGAAUGCAUACUUUUUUUUUAAUUUUAUUUCACCUAACAAAAUUUACAUUAAGUGAUUUUGUGCAUUGGUUUCUGUACCUAUCUGGUAACGUCAGAGCUAAAAUGAGGAUUUUGAUCUAUAUAUCUGGUGUUUGGGAAAUAGUUUUGUAUAAAAAGCAUAUUGUUACCAAAACACACAAUGCAAUGUGAAUACCAUUUACUAAAGAAAUCUCGUGUCCCUCCAGCUGUGGUUUUAUUACUGCUUUCAGGAGUGUGAACUAUUUCUAUUGUGUAACACAGGUGCAGUUUGGCCAUGCUGGAGCCUGUGCUAACCAAGUAUCUGAAACAGCAGUUGCCAAAAACCAGGCAUUGAAAGAAUCUGGUGUGUUUGUACCUCGCAGCUUUGAUGAACUUGGAGAUGUGAUCCAGUGAGUGGGAUAACAAGUUUUCUUCUUGAAAUAUACUUACUACAAGAAUUUUGAGGAGGAAAGGAAAAGUUUUAUGGGGGAGAUUACUGCCAGAAUAUUCAUGCAUGAACUCAAGUGGUUUAUCAAUAACGUAAAAAUGAGUUGUUUGCUCCACAGUCUCUUGCGAUUUGGUAAUGAACUUGGGGAAAAGUGUAUAAUAGCUUAAAUGUGGAAAGUUCUUGAUUAAAAGAAAAUGUAAAUAGAUGGAAAAUAGAUGGUUAACUUGGUGUUUGUUUGCUCUUAUCCAGGUCUGUGUACGAGGACCUUGUCAGCAAAGGAGAGAUUGUACCUGCUGAAGAGGUUCCCCCGCCAACUGUGCCCAUGGACUAUUCAUGGGCAAGGGUAUGUUGAGAUGCUGCAAUAUUAAAUGGCAUUUACUCUCCUAUACACUUUGUUGAGGAAGCCCCUUGAUAGAUCUUAUAUCCACCUGUAAAUACUUUGUAUUAGCUUAGAUUUAUUAUCUCCAUUCUGCAGUCUUUCCCCAGUUUUAAUCCCCGCCCCACUUGAAUGCAUUAUAUAUUUUCCAGCUUUAUUAUAAUUGCUUUACACUCUGUUUACUUAAAACCGUAACUGUUAAUAUGAUUCUCCCCUGCCGUUUAAACAUACAUUUAUUUUUUCUUACUGAUAGGCAAUCUCAAACCUGUGGUUCAGUGAUUGUACGGUUAUUGUAACUCUGUGUGUAACUGUUUAGACCACCAACACUGUUCCUUUGUUGUUUGAUGUUGUACAGUGUCUCAUCCAUAAUGCCUUGCAUUCUGGGGUGCUCUACCCUGCUCAGACACUGUACAACUUAUUAGAUCUUUGGGGCAGAGUGACAGAAAUAUAAUAUGGCACAAUAAGACACCUUUAAAGGGAUACUUCCUAAAUCCCAACAAAAUAAAAAUCAGUAUUUUAGUGAUCCUAUCCUAUAUUCAAAAAGGGUUCAAAUUACUUGCCUGGAAAUUAUAGACCUGUGAGCUUCUGUGGAUGGUAGAAAAGGUUAUUAAUGAGUAAUAUUCAAGCAUUCCUUGAGAAGAAUGUGAUUAUCAGCAAAAAUCAGCAUGGUUUUAUGAAGCACAGGUCAUGUCAAACUAACUUGAUUGCAUUCUACGAAGAAGUAAGUAGAAGUAGAUCAGGGUGUGGCAGUGGACGUGAUCUAUUUGGAUUUUGCCAAGGCGUUUGAUACAGUUCCACACAAUAGAUAAGUGUUCAAACUCAAAGAAAUCGGUCCAGAUGAAAACUUGUUCUUGGGUAGAACAUUGGCUUAAAAAUAGAGUGCAGAGAGUUGUCAUUAAUGGUACAUUUUCAAGCUGGAGAAAGGUGGCAAGUGGUGUCCCUCAGGGUUCUGUUCUGGGACCUCUUCUAUUUAACAUGUUUGUAAAUGAUCUUGAAAAAAACAUUGAAACUCAUGUUUCAGUGUUUGCAGAUGAGACAAAACUCUGUAAAGUAAUACAAUGUGAGCAAGAUAUUACUUUGCUGCAGAUGGAUUUAGAUAGACUUGGGGAACUGGACACUCAAAUGGCAAAUUAAAUUUAAUAUAGAAAAAUGCAGUUAUGCACUUCGGGGUAAAGUAUGCACAACUUAAACCAUUAAUGCUAGUGAAUUGGGGAUAACAACACACAACAAGGACUUGGGAAUUGUUAUAGUCAACAAACUAUGCAACAAUGUGCAAUGUCAAUCAGCAGUGGCCAAGGCCAGUAAGGUAUAGUCAUGCAUGAAAAGGGGCAUUCAUUCUCGAGACGAGAAUAUAAUUGUGCCUCUUUAUAAAUCACAUAUUAAAUAUAUCCUGUGCAAUUUUGGGCACCUGUUCUAAAGAAGGAUAUUAUGGCACUAAAAAAAAGUGCAGAGGCGGGCUACAAAUUUUUUAAAAAAAGAAUGGAACAUUUUAGCUAUGAAGAAAGGUUAGCAAAUUUAAACCUCUUUAGUUUAGAAAAAAACAUUGCCUCAGAGGGGAUAUGAUAACAUUAUACAAAUAUAUCCGGGGCAAUACAAACUAUUGGGUGGAAAUCUAUUCACAAACAGGACUAUACGUAGUACACAAGAAAAAAGAAAGUCCAAAGGAAAGGUGUGUUUUUUUUUUUUUUUUUUGGUUUUUUUUUAACCAUAAGAACAAUAAGGAUAUGGAAUUCUCUGCCUCAAGAAAUGGUUUUAUCCGAGUCUGUACAGAUGUUUUAACAGCAACUAGAUGCAUACUUGCAAAAACAGAAUAUUCAAUUAUAUCUUUCAACUGUAGGGUAAUCGCCUCUUGAUCCAAUGAUAAAUCUGACUGCUAUUCUGGGGUCGAGGGAAUUUUUUGUUGUAGUUUGUUGCAAAAUUGGAAGUGCUUCAAACUGUUUUUUUUUUUUUUGCCUCCUAUUGGAUCAACAGCUAAAAACAAAUGUGAGGAAGAAUUAACUUGAUGGACAUAUAUCUCUUUUCAGCCUAUUUAACUAUGUAACUAAUAGAUAUACCCACAUUGAAAACAUGCAUGUAUUUAAUUAUUUAUUUUUCUUUGGGGGUAUAUCUAAGAACAACUUGUAGAAGCUUCAGUUCUCUUGCCUGAAGCAUUUGCAAGCCAUUGCCAGACUGUUCAAUGGAUACGAGAAGUGCCAGGAAUACAAAGCUGUAUUUCUGACACUAUAGCCCCUGUGCCUCCUUCUCCGUCGCUCGAUAGGGGGCACUAAUGCGUAUGUGCGGCAAAUGCUGCACGCGGAUUAGACCACCCCAUAGGAAAGCAUUAAGUGAAUGCUUUCCUAUGGUGAAAUGGCUGACGCUGAAUGUCUUCAUGCAAAGUAUGAGGACGUCCAAUGUCAGUUAAUUGAAAAAAAAGUCCGCUAGGAUCCAGGAAGCGAUUCCAGUGGCUGUCUGGUAGACAGCUACUGGAGGCAGUCUUAAAGAGGCACUGUAAUGCUGAACUUACCUUUCCUCAAUCUCUUCCUCUUCUCUCCCUCUCUCAGGAUCUGUUUUUCUUUUCUUCCUGUCUUCUUUAGUUUUCUUUAAAAUCAUAAGACAAAGCUCUGACCAGCGGAGGAGCAAAGUGUGCUUCAUUUCCGCUGGUCAGAGCAAUUUUCCCAUGAUUCUCACCUUUCCUCUGUGUUCCAGCGAUGCUUUCUGUCAUUUUAGACGAAACUGCCGAAUUGCGUUCUAACUGAAUGAGAACAGUAUGUUUGUUUCUUUUAGAAUGCAAUUCGGCAUUUUAUUCGGAUGAAUGAAACUCCAAUCCUAUUCUUGCUGUGGCUGUAUCUUGCAGCCGCUUAGUAGAUAACUCCCUAAUUCCCAUGGUAUCAGGGAGCUAUCUACUAAAAGGCUGAAAGACCUAAAUUGGUCUUUCAGCCAAAUUUACUAAUAAAUGUACUAAUAAAGAUUGCUUAGUAUUAGUAAAUGCUGCCCCUACUUGCUAUACCGCGAUUAGGGGCAUGUCUAAUAAAUGUACUAAUAAAGAUUGCUUAGUAUUAGUAAAUGCUGCCCCUACUUGCUAUACCGCGAUUAGGGGCAUGUCUAGUAAGCAGUGAGCAGCCUGUGGAGACCUACUGACCCCCGCCCCCACUCCUGGGCGGCGGGUGGGGGCCAUAAUGAUAAUGGGAAGGGGGGGCCUACUGCCCCCUCCUCCCCCGGCCCCCACCCCUGGGCGGCGGGUGGGGGCCAUAUUGAUAAUUAUCAUUAUGGCCCCCACCCGCCAGGGGCCGGGGGGGGACAUUAGGUCCAUUAGGGGUGGGGUCUGGAGGGGGGUGGGCAGUAGGUUCCUUCUAACUAUAUAGCAUGCUCUUCCAGCUGUUUGAAACCACAGUCAAUCACCUCCUCAUUCCCUUCACAUGUUAUCAAUAACUGCAAUUAUACGAUAAUUCUCUCUGUCAUCACCUUCAAAUUCCUCUGCUACCUCUGCUCUUGAUUCAUCUCCCCAUUUUAACCUUUUAGAUUGUAAGCUCAUGGGCAGGGCCCUCUACAUUUUGUAUUGGUCUGUUUUUAUACUGUAUUGUCUUUUUCCCAAUUGUACAGCGCUACGCAAUAUGUUGGCACUUUAUAAAUGCCAGUAAUAAAUUCAUACCAUGACCAGAGACUGAAUUAAGACAGGCUAUUCAUGAGCUAGCUAUGUAAAUGUAUGUUGUUUUGUAAAUCAUACAUACAAUAUGUGGAGCAUGCGUCUCUUGUUUCUAUAAGGAAACAAAAUAAUACAACAUAGUACAAUAAUGUUUGUAUAGAAUUAUAAAUGUCUAAUAAUGAUGGUAUUGCUCACAAACAUGGAGCCAAAUCUUAGCAUAUGGCUCACAUCGGUAGCGCAGUGGGACUCUUAACAGGAUGUCCUCAUCCUUCCUCUGGCUUGUCCUGAUUUGAUCUGCGAGGUGUUAAAUAGGUAAUAAAUCUGGAGAUUUCUUUGAAAUCGAAAUUAUUGAAUUCAAACAAAAAAUGGAGAACAACAUUCACAAAGUGCAAUAAAAAGGAAAUCCUUUGCGGAUUUAUAGUGCCUAUAAAGUCCUCUUGUAGGUCCGAUAUGCGUUUCGCACUUUGGUGGGGGAUUCCUCAAUCGGCAUGUUGUUUUUUAACAAACUUGUUUUUGCAUCCAAUUUGUUCCUCUUUGGGCAACUAUUUUACAGGCCUACUUAAACACCUGUUUCUGCACACUUUCAGCUGACUUACACUAUAGCGCAUAAAUUCAGCAUUUGUUCCAAUCACAAAUAAAGAAAUAUUUGUAGUCGGGGGUAGUAAGCAGAGUUAUGUUAGUGGAGCACAAGUCGGCUGUGAUGUGCCAAAAUCGACAAUCAGUUAGGCAUGUAAAAAGAGGGCCCACCAAUUUAAAUGGCUUGUUACAUGGGCAGAACCAGACAAUCUCAGCCCAGAGGAAAGGACGGCCUGUGUACUUUUAGGCCGGAAUAUGCACUCCAGCAGUGACGGACUCUGCUUUUCAUAAAUAUAUAUACUUUCUUUUUUAUUUUAUUUUCAGUGUGUGUGUGUGUAUAUAUAUAUAUAUAUUUUUUUUUAUGCAGUCUGCAUUCUCUAAUUACUCUUCAUGUAUUUAUGUGCAGGAACUGGGCCUGAUCAGGAAGCCAGCAUCUUUUAUGACCAGCAUCUGUGAUGAAAGGGGUCAGGAACUUAUAUAUGCAGGAAUGCCAAUUACUGAUGUUUUUAAGGAGGAUAUUGGAAUUGGUGGUGUAUUGGGUCUCCUAUGGUUCCAGCGACGGUAAGGAAAAUGUUUGAAGUAUGUCAAUGUUUAUUUACUUGUCAUGUCUUGAUAAAAAAAAAAAGGAAAAUUCUUUUUCUUUUCCAGUGUUCCCAAAUAUGCUUCUCAUUUCAUUGAAAUGUGCCUAAUGGUGACAGCUGACCAUGGCCCGGCUGUGUCUGGAGCCCAUAACACAAUUGUUUGUGCCCGAGCUGGCAAAGAUCUUAUAUCGAGCCUGACUUCUGGACUGCUCACCAUUGUAAGUUCAUUGUGUGAUAUUUAAAAAUCCUUAUUGCAAUGUGCUGGUGACUUUUUUAUAACCUUUAUAUUGAUUUUACAGGGGGACCGCUUUGGUGGUGCUCUUGACGCAGCAGCCAAGAUGUUCAGCAAAGCCUUUGAUAGUGGCCUCAUACCCAUGGAGUUUGUGAACAAAAUGAAAAAGGAGGGGAAACUUAUCAUGGGAAUCGGUCACAGAGUAAAGUCUGUAAGUGUUGCUUACUGUGUAGACCUCAUACUGCAUAUACAAUAAAAGUUUGUGCUCUUCAUCUUUCCAGUCUUGUGCAUAAGAGCAUUUCUGGGAAGCUCCCACUCUACCUGAGUAGAAUGCUCUCCCUGGCUGUUCCCACCUCCUAUAACAUCCGCUCCAGUACUAGUGUCAUAUUUAGCAUACCGCAAUACAAAAAUAAAGUGGCUUGAUCCUUCUUUUCCUGCAGAGAACCGCAAUUAUGGAAUAACCUCAGGGACACAAUCAAAUCUUAAUUCAGUCAAAAAUCUUUUAAGACAUCUAUGGCAUUCUACCUCAGUGCAGAUGCACCUGUUCUGGUUGAAUAUAUUACCUGUUAUGUUAUAUAUAUAAUUGUAUUUUUGUAAUAUUGUAUCCUAUUGUAACAAUGCAAUGUUAGUUAUGUGAACAAAGACCCGGGACAUACUUGAAAACGAGAGAACUCUCAAUGUAUCCAUCCUGGUAAAAUAUUUUAUGAAUAAAUGUAUUCUUUAUGUCCCAAACUGUUGUGUUUUUGAUUUUUUUGGUACUCCACUUAGUGUUUCAACUAACUUUUUAUAAUGAACUAUUUUAAAACAUAAAUAUUUUCUUCUAGAGCUCCUGUAUCUCAUUCACACACAACUACCAUUUUCAUUUUUUCAGAUUAAUAAUCCAGAUAUGAGAGUACAGAUUCUAAAAGACUAUGUAAAACAGAACUUCCCUGCCACACCAUUGCUGGACUAUGCUCUAGAAGUGGAAAAAAUCACUACUUCAAAGGUACGCCUUCUGUAAUUGAACAGGUUUCCGGAAUGGAAUGAAAGUUAUUACCUAAAUUGCACCAAAGCCAGAUACUUUUGUCAGGACAUAAGUGGAGUGCUUUUAGCCAAUGAGCUUAGACCUGCACAGCCAGGCUAGCUCAGAGUGUUUUUGGGCCUCAGUGGAAGAAGUGACUGGUGCCCAGUUUACACCAAGUAGGUAGUCAAACUAUUUGACUACUUGCAUUGGGGGGGAGCCAGAGUACUUCUAGCACCAUAACCAAUAUAAUUAGUGUUUGGUGUGUUCCUUUAAAUGAUUUGUGUCUUUUAACACAUUAAACAGAGAUUUUAAUAUGUGUAUGUGAGAUACAGUAGACCUUUACAUUUAUAUAUUUUUUCCGUUACUCAAACAGUUGUAUUUCUUCCUACAGAAACCCAAUCUUAUUCUCAAUGUUGAUGGUCUAAUUGGAGUUGCAUUUGUAGACCUUCUAAGGAACUGUGGUUCUUUUACACGGUAAGAUAAUUAUGUUAAUGAUAUAAAGUACUGAACAUCAGGGUGAUCCAGUAGAUAUGAUCUACUUUGGUUUUGCUAAAACAUUUGAUAUAGAUCCACACAAAAGCUUACUAGUAAAACUGAAGUCAGUUGGUUUAAAAUUGUAUUCUUAGAGUGCAGAGAGUAGUUGUAAGUGGAAUAUUUCGAAUUGGACACAAGUGGUAAGUGGAGUGCAUCUGGCUUCUGUCCUGGGUCCAAUUCUCUUUGAUCUGUUCAUAAAUGAAUUGAAGUGGCCAUUGAAAGGCAUUUGUUUGUGUUUGCAGUUGGCACAAAACUUGGUUAUGGAAAUACAGUCUGAACAUCAUUUCUCUACAGAGGCAUUUGGAUAAAUUGGUGGGGAUUGGGCAGGCGAGUGGCAGAUGAGAUUUCAUACAGAUAAAUGCAAAGUCAUGCAUUUUGGAAUAAGGACCCAACAAACCAUUUAUACAUUAAAGGACCACAAUAGUGCCAGGAAAACAUACUCGUUUUCCUGGCACUAUAGUGCCCUAAGGGUGCCCCCACCCUCAGGGUCCCCCUCCCGCCCGGCUCUGGAAGGGGGAAAAGGGUUAAAACUUACCUUUUUUCCAGCGCUGGGCGGAGAGCUCUCCUCCUCCGAUCCUCCUCUUCUCCUCCCCGUUGGCUGAAUGCGCACGCGCGGCAAGAGCUGCGCGCGCAUUCAGCCGCUCACAUAGGAAAGCAUUCGUAAUGCUUUCCUAUGGACGCUUGCGUGCUCUCACUGUGAUUUUCACAGUGAGAAUCACACAAGCGCCUCUAGCGGCUGUCAAUGAGACAGCCACUAGAGGAAAUAGGGGAAGGCUUAACCCAUUCAUAAACAUAGCAGUUUCUCCGAAACUGCUAUGUUUAUGAAAAAAUGGGUUAACCCUAGCUGGACCAGGCACCCAGACCACCUCAUUAAGCUGAAGUGGUCUGGGUGCCUAGAGUGGUCCUUUAAGUGGGGUUGAGUUAGGGAUAACAUUAAAUGAAAAGGACUUUGGAAUAAUUAUAGAUCACAAAGUAGGCAACGUCGGUCUGCCAUUGCAAAAGCUAAUAAGAUUUUGCAAUGUGUAUGGCUUUUGUGUGUAAAAAGGGGUAAUUAUUCACAUAAUCCAAAUAUCAGUUUGCCUCUUUACAAACCAAUGGUAAGACCCCACCUUUAAAUAUGUUGUGCAUUUGUGGGCAUCAGUUAUAAAGAAGAAUAAAUGCGAACUACAAAACUAUUAAGGGGGAUGGAAAACCGUUAAGGGGAAAGGCUAGAAUAAUUGGAAUAGUUUACUUUAGAAAAAAGGAGCUUCACAGGCCGGGACUAUUCAAAUAUAUACAGGGUCGGUAAAAGCCGCUAUAUGCUAACCUGUUCAUUAGCAGGAACAUACAACAAACAAGAGGUCCCCAUUGAGACUGGAAGAAUGGUGUCUUUGCUUACAGCAGAGGAUUCUUUAUAGUAAGAACAAUAAAGAUGUGGAAUUCUCUGCCCAAAGAGGUUGUCUUAUUAGAUUCUAUAGAUUUUUUUUUUUUUUUUUUUUAUGAAAGCUUGCAUGCUUUUUUCAUAAACAUAGAAUUGAUAUAUAUGUAAACAGGUUGUUGAUCCAAGGAGAAAUCUGAGUGUCAUUAUGGAGUCAAGAAGGAAUUAGUUUCUUCCUUUUUGUGUCAUAAUUGGAAAUGCUACAAUGCCCUUUUUGCCUUCUUUUGGAACAACCACAUAAAACAAUGGGCUUUAGCCUUUUUCAACCUAGACAACUAUGUAACAUAUUUUUUAGCUUUCUUGUAGAGAAUAAGUUAAAAGAGCAGGGGAAAUAUCAGUUCUAAUGUUGGGUGGACAGUUUUUUCCCUAAAAUAACAAGAUCUCUGUGGGUGUGUCACAUUUAUGUUUGGUGAUGCAUGUCCUUAAUUUUUCUGUUGGCAACUUAGCCAGUUAAAGGACCCCCACCCUCAGGGACCCCCUCCCGCCCGGCUCUGGAAAGGGGAAAAGGGGUUAAACUUACCUUUUUCCAGCGCUGGGCGGGGAGCUCUCCUCCUCCGAUCCUCCUCCGUUCCUCCUCCUGGGCUGAAUGCGCACGCGCGGCAAGAGCUGCGCGCGCAUUCAGCCCGUCGCAUAGGAAAGCAUUCAUAAUGCUUUCCUAUGGACGCUUGCGUCUCACUGUGAAAAUCACAGUGAGAAGCACGCAAGCGCCUCUAGUGGCUGUCAAUGAGACAGCCACUAGAGGAUUAGGGGGAAGGCUUAACCCAUUCAUAAACAUAGCAGUUUCUCUGAAACUGCUAUGUUUAUGAAAAAAUGGGUUAACCCUAGCUGGACCAGGCACCCAGACCACUUCAUUAAGCUGAAGUGGUCUGGGUGCCUAGAGUGGUCCUUUAAGUUUAAAUGUAAAACAUCAAUGCACUGGCAAUUAAGGAAGAUGAUUCAAAAACCAUCCUUUGAGUCUGUAUGGUUGUAUAGUGUUUUUCCGCAGCCCUGUUGAACUUUUUCAUAAAGCUUGAUAUUCUAAUGAUUGCCUUUAACUACUAGACUGUGAAUAUGUCCAGGUAUUGUUUGAGAGUCAUGGCUACUGAUAUAAUUAUUACCACUGGAUAUGAAUGAGGUUUGCUUUUUUGUUUUGGGGGGAAUUAUUUUAUUAUGUUCUUUAUUAUUUUAUUGCAUUAUUACGCAACAGUUAAGUUCAUUAAAUAUUUUUCAAUUUCAGAGAAGAGGCUGAUGAAUACAUUGAUAUUGGGGCUCUCAAUGGUGUCUUUGUAUUGGGAAGAAGUAUGGGUUUUAUUGGUAAGUCCCUCAUAUUUUUGGCCAAUUACCACUAAUUAAAGCAAUAAUGAACAAGUGUUUCAGAAACUGUAAAAUAUCCACUGUUAUACUUUUUUAAUGUUCUUUGUUUUGCUCCCUUUCUUCUACAACCUUAGUUUUGAAGAAUGUAUAAUACACCUACAAAGUUAGCAUUACCUCUGUUUAUUUCUAAAAAAAAAAAAAAAAAAAAUCAUUUUUUUUUUUUCUUCUAUGCAGUUUUUUAAGGUUCCCACUUUAAUUUAUUUUCUGCCUUUUCAGGGCAUUAUUUGGACCAAAAGAGGUUGAAGCAAGGAUUAUACCGGCAUCCUUGGGAUGAUAUCUCCUAUGUUCUGCCUGAGCAUAUGACUAUGUAA